AUGGCGUCCGGAGAUCCCUUGCAAGGGCUCCGCGAGGAAGCGACUUGCUCCAUCUGCCUGGAUUACUUCGCGAGCCCGGCGACCAUCGAAUGCGGCCACAGCUUCUGCCGAGCCUGCCUCGUCCAGUACUGGGCAGAAUCCGGCGCGGGCCCUUCCUGCCCUCAGUGCAGGGAAGCCACCCAGCAGAGGAUCCUCCGGCCCAACUUGCAGCUGGCCAAUUUAGUGCAGCUGGUCAGGCAGCUCAAAGCGGACGCGGGAGAGGACUCGGGAGAAGCCAGCCCGGCCUCUUGCAAGGACGACCCAGCCCUGCUCUUGGGGGCGGAGUGCGACCCAUCCAAGGGGGAUCCUGCCCCCCACGACUCCUCUCCCGCAGAAGAGGCUUCCCUGCAGUAUAAGGUUGGAAACUUCAAGGGAAAGAGAUUUGCUUGUUUGUUUGUUGCAUUCCUGCAGUGCAACUACUGCAUGGCGUUCCUGCAUCGCAGGGGUGACCUUUGGGGUCGCCUUCAACUCUGCAAUUCUGUGAUUUCCUAUUCUAGGGUCAUCUAGUCCAUAGGUAGGCAAACUAAGGCCCGGGGGCCGGAUCUGGCCCAAUCGCCUUCUCAAUCCGGCCCGCGGAUGGUCCAGGAACCAGCGUGUUUUUACAUAAGUAGAAUGUGUGCUUAUAUUUAAAAUGCAUCUCUGGGAUAUUUGUGGGGCAUAGGAAUGCGUUCAUUUCCCCCCAAAAAAUAUAGUCUGGCCCACCACAAGGUCUGAGGGACAGUGCUGAAAAAGUUUGCUGACCCCUGAUCUAGUCCAACCCCCUGCUCAGCUAAUGCAUCCAAACUUGGCUUAAAAACUUCGAAGGAAGGAGAAUACACAACCUCCUGAGGGAGACAAUCUCACUGUUGAACAGCUCUUACUGUUUCAUAUACAGUGGUACCUUGGGUUAAGUACUUAAUUUGUUCUGGAGGUCCGUACUUAACCUGAAACUGUUCUUAACCUGAAGCACCACUUUAGCUAAUGGGGCCUCCUGCUGCUGCCGCGCCACCGGAGCACUGUACCUCGGGUUACAUACGCUUCAGGUUACAGACUCCACUAACCCAGAAAUAGUACCUCAGAUUAAGAACUUUGCUUCAAGAUGAGAACAGAAAUUGUGCGGUGGCAGCGGGAGGCCCCAUUAGCUAAAGUGGUGCUUCGGGUUAAGAACAGUUUCAGGUUAAGAACGGACCUCCAGAACGAAUUAAGCUCUUAACCCGAGGUACCACUGUACGCACCACUUACUGAUUUCUAUACCAACUUUCUUUUCUAGACAGUAUUAUUCUUCAUAUAUUUUGCCACUUUAUAUUUCGGGGGGCGGGGCGGGGAUCUCAAAGCAGUUUACAAUAGAGUUUUACAGAGCAAAACACAUUCAGGCUUCAAAGGAAAUAUUUUUAGAUCCUUCUCUAAGUGACACUUCGCUUUCUGCAUAUAUUGUUUGCCUACUUGAUGUAUACAGAAGAAGGCUAGGAAGCCAGUUUGGUGUCGUGGUUAGAGUGUGUCAGACUGGGACCUAGGAGAUCAGGGUUCAAGUCCCCAUUCGGUCAGGAAGCUCACGGGGUGAGUCACUUGCCUCUUAACCUACCUCACAGCCUUGUUGUAGGGAUAAAAUGAACCAUGUACCGCUUGUUGAAAUGCAAUAGGUAAGCUCUUCUGCUGACCUGCCUAAGAAAGCUGGGGAGGCCACCCAGAGAGAGAUGUCAGAUGACAACCAGGCAUCCCAAGAUCUUCACGUGGUCAAAAUUGGAGUUGCAAUUAAAAUAAAUAAAUAAAUAAAAAUUAUUAAGUACAAAUCAGAAAACAUACAUAUUUACAACAAAAGAAAAUACAAAGAAAAAAGAAAAUACAUAUAACCGAGGAAAAAAAUUAGAGAAUACUUUGCCUCUUUUCAUGUUUACAGUUAUUUAUACCUCUAUAAAAUGCUAUACACGAUAAAGGAGUGAAAUGAAAGAUAUCAGAAAAAAAGAAAAAAGAACAAAGAAAAAAUAAAGAAGUAAAAGAAAAGGAUCAUAGGUGAAAAUUUUAAAAGUAGAUAAGUAUUCACUAUACAUAGCCGUUUCCCAUCUAUAUUUAUAUUCAAUUCUCUUCCCCCCCCCCCCACUGUGAGGUAGGUUAGUCUAAGACAGGCAUAGACAAACUCGGCCCUCCAGAUGUUUUGGGAUUACAACUCCCAUCAUCCCCGAGCUAACAGGCCCAGUGGUCCAGGAUGAUGGGGGUUGUAGUCCCAAAACAUCUGGAGGGCCGAGUUUGCCUAUGCCUGGUGUAAGCGAUAGAGAAUGGCCCAAGGUCACCAAGCAAACUUCAUGGCUCAGCAUGGAUUCGAACCCUGCUCUCCCAGUUUCCUGGCUUUCUCCCCAUCCCUCCUUCCACAGAAGCAGUGGCUUCUCUCUUUUUUUUUUUUAUAAGAUAUUUAUUGAAAUUUUCAGAAUAUUACCAAAAAAAAAAAUACAAAAUAAAAAUAGUUAAAAACAACUCAAUCUUUCCAUUACUUAUUUUUCAUUAGCUUAUUUCCCGGACCUCCUCAUGCCUCCCUUUUUUGUAUUCCAGUUCGGUUUGUUGGUUCAGCAAAUCCUUCCCCUCUUUAUUUAUCCAAGUCUUAAAUCUUAAAAUAUUGUAACGUUAAAUUUUUACCUGUUAGUAAUCCAUUUUUCAUAUUCCCUUAUAGCAUUACAGCUGGAAACCACUUACUUUCUAUCCAACAUCAUUCUAACAUUCAUUAAUUUUACAAUAUUUCUGUAAAUAGGCUUUAAAUUUCUUCCAAUCUUCUUCCACCGACUCUUCUCCCUAGUCUCGGAUUCUGCCAGUCAUUUCCGCCAGUUCCAUAUAGUCCGUCACCUUCAUCUGCCAUUCUUCCAAGAAGUAGUGGCUUCUCACUGCAGUUAUAUAAAUACCAUUUUUGGUCAAGAGCAUAACUGAGAGGUGACUUUCAAUCUGCCGUUCCGUACAUACUGACUUUGGAGUAAGUCCCACUGAACUCACUGGGGCCUACUUCCAAGUAGAGACACGCAAGUCUUGCUUUAACACAUAUUUCUUGCUUUGGUGUCUCUGUUUUUAAUUAUCUUCUGUGUCAGUCGCCUCGAGGCAGUGGUUUAGAAGGGGAUAAAUACUUUGGUGAUGAUCAUGGCAUAAUGGAGGGAAACUAAAAAUAGAUGCAUUAGAAAGAAACCACCAGUGAGUCAGUGUGUGCGAUCCGACAUGAAUUGAACUCCUGACAGAGAAAAAAAUGCUUUCCUGAUUCUGCAGAGGAAAAUCAAGUCCCACCUGACAUAUCUGAAAAAGGAGAGAGAAAAGCUGGUGAACCUGAAACUUGCUGAAGAGAUGGGGAGGCAGGAGGGUCUGGUAGGUUUGUGUUUCUUAUGGGUGAUGUUAUGGGGCUGUGUGUUGUCAGGUGGAAUCCCCAUGGCCUUCUGGAAAUUUAACAUUUCUGGGAAUUUUGAAGCCAUGGGUGGGGAACGUUCCCCCCUCACCUGGGGAAUGGAGGCACAAUUUAAUAUUGUGGUUAAAAAAUAAACAAUAUUUAUGUUUUUAAAAGGAACUUUUACAGAUCACAAGCCACUUUGUUACUUUAGAAGCAUAAAAUAUACACUAGUGGCCAAAAUUGUGGAAACCUUUUGGGGAAAGUGUAUUUCCGAGGUUUGAUGCCUCAUAAUAUCAUUUUUUUGGGGGGUAAUACCAUAAAACUAUGUACCAAUAGAAAGAUAAUUUAAUGAAGAAUGUGAUGCGGCAAAGGGGCGAAAGUGGGCCCCUUUUCUGUACCCGCAAGUUUUGUGAACAACCAUGCCAAAGAACCUCAUCAUUGCACCUCUGCCCCCUCGCCCAGUUUCUUUGCGUUCUCCCCCCAUGCCCAGAUGUUAUUUGAAACGGAGAAGAAGAAAGCCCGGUCUUCCUUUGAGCGAAUGAUCCAGUUCCUUGUGGAGAAACAGCACCUCUGGCUGGGCCAGCUGGAAGAUCUGGAGAAAGCGAUGGAGAGGAAGCAGGAGGAAAACCUCGCCAAACUCUCAGAGGAGAUUUCCCGACUCAACGAGCUGAUCGUGGAGAUGAAAUGGAAGUACCUGCAGCCCGCGAGCGAAUUGUUGCAGGUGAGUAUACAAUACCCUGUGAGGAGCUGAAGAGGACUGAGGGGUGAAAGAAGCCACCAACUCAAGUCUGGUCUCCUUGAUUUUUGGGCAUGUUGUUUCCACCCACAUCCUGGAUAACUUUCACCAAUAAGCAAAGUCCUUGCCUCAUGGGGGCUGCCAUGAUCCUGUGUUGCUGGCCUUGGCUGGCUGAGGUCCAUAAUUCCAAUGCCUCCCUGUGAAGGGAGGGAACUAGGUACAGCGCGGGAGGAAAGUAUUUGAUCCCCCGCUAAAUUUGCCCGUUUGCCCUCUGACAAAGAAAUGGCCAGUCCAUAAUUUUAACGGUAGGUUUAUUGUAGCUGUGAGAGUCAGAAUAGUAACAGGAAAACCCCCCAGAAACCCAGAAGAGAUUGCUGUGCAUUAUAAUGAGUGAAAUAAGUACAGUGGUACCUCGGGAUGAGAACGGGAUCCAUUCUGGAGCGGCUAACAACGAUAAAAGUAACACAGCAUUCUAAAAUCAAUUCAUUUUAAAAUCAAUUCAAAAUCAAAUUAAUGGCAACCAUUGCGCUAGAGUUCUGUGAGGAUUACCAAAGGAGGGAGUCAGGCUGUGCCCUGGCCAAAGGCCUGGUGGAACAGCUCUGUCUUGCAGGGCCUGCGGGAAGAUGUCCUGCAGUCCUGCAGGGCCCUAGUCUCUUGUGACAGAGCGUUCCACCAGAUCGGAACCACGGCCAAAAAAAGCCCUGGCUCUGGUUGAGGCCAGCCUAACCUCUCUGUGGCCCAGGAUCUCCAAGAUGUCUCUGUGGGGCAUACCAGGAGAGGUGGUCCCGUAGGUACGAGGGUCCCAGCACCUUAAACCUGAUCCUGUACUCCACCGGGAGCCAGUGCAGCUGGUAUAGCACUGGGUGAAUGUGAUCCCGCAGCGAGGACCCCUUAAGGAGUCUCGCCGCGGCAUUCUGUACCCGCUGGAGUUUCUGGGUCAGUCUCAAGGGCAGCCCCACGUAGAGCGAGUUACAAUAAUCCAGCCUGGAGGCGACCGUUGCGUGGAUCACAGUGGCUAGGUCAGGGAGAGAGAGGUAAUGGCAGUUUGUUUUCCACAGACAAGGAAGGGGGCAGAGGAAUCCCCAUUGAACAAGUAGUAGCCCUGUGUGUGAUCUGCCUGUGCUGCUGGCACCCAUUUCUGUCUCUCUCUCUUUAUCUUUCAGGACACCAGAAGUUCCUUAAGCAGGUACGUGGCUCUUUCUCUCCAUCCCAUUUCAUAGAAACAUAGAAUUGUAGGGUUGGAAGAGACUGCAAGGGUUAUCAAGUCCAACCCCCUCUUUGCAUCAGGAAGUUUAGCUCCCAUGGAGUUAUUUGGAAGAGAAAAUAUAUUAUUUUCCUCCAUCUCGCUUAUUUUUUUUACUCCCCUCCUUUCCCCCCUGCUCCUUCUCCUUCCUUUUCCGAUUUCAUUUGCCACCAACAGCUUAAAUCCCAUUUAAAAACAAACGAACAAAACCCAGAUUUCUGCAUAUGGCUUCCUCCGAAAAUCCGGCUUACCCCUCACUGAGUUACAGUUUCCAGCGAUUUUAAUAAACCACAGCUUCUAGGAAUCUUUGGGGAGUUGCCAUGUGCUUUCAAUGUAUUUUGUGUGUGCAAAUUUAGACACCCCCCCCCCCCGGAAAGAUCACAAGAGGAUUUAGGGACAUAAGUUGGGGUCCCCUAAGUGCUGUGGACUCCAGCUGAAAGCUGCUUAUAUCAAGGUCUUCCCCAGCCUCUGCAACAUGAGACUAUUUUUAACGUGAAGCAUCACUGAGUGAUGAGUCCUUGCUUUGUAUCUGCACCGGAGCUCCUCAUCUCUCUUGUUUGGCCUUCCUGAUCCCCCCAAAAAACAGCAGCAAGGAAAUUUCAUUGAGACAGGUUUGUAUAAUUAAAUUGGCUUAAAGCAUUCUGGUGCAUCAAACUCCCUUUUUUAAAAAAAACCCCACAGCCUUUUUCAGGAAGGAAAGUGAUGGAGAAAUGCGCUGGGAAAUGUGGAAUAAUAACCUCCACGCAAACAAAUCAGAAUGAAUGCUUCCUAGACAGUGGACUGUGCAUCACCUCCAUGCAAGGUUUAUGCCAACUGGUCAGGAUGAAUGCUAAGAAAAUUGGUUAUCUGGAAGUACCUCAAUGCUUACAGGGGGGAAAAUGUUUUCUUACUUUUUUAAAAGUUAUUUAUGAUUUUCAAUUUUUUACAUUUCAAUAAUUUUACAAUCAUUUUAACAUUUCAAAACUCGACCCCCCCCUCUUUUUGCCGUUCCUUAAAUUUAUUUAUUUUAAUUUUUGCAUAUUCCAAAUUAACUUAAUCAUUUAUUCAUCUACUUAUAAGCCUGAAGGUUAUUACCAUAAUCCCGCCAAUGUUCUUAUCUUUUUACAGUUGGUUUGUAAAUAUUGAAUAAACCAUUUCCAUUCUUUUAUCAAAAAGUUUAUCUUGAUUUCUUAUUUUUCCAGUAAGUUUCAUCAUUUCUAUGUAUUCCCUAAGUUUUUGCAUCCAUUCUUCUUUCACCGGCACUUCUUUCCAUUUUGGAGCAAAUAACAUUCUUGUCGCUGUAGUCGCAUACAUGAAUAAAUUUCUGUAGGGUUUGGGUAGUUCUGCCCCUAUAAUUCCCCAAAGGGGAGCUAAUAUGUUUUACUACUGCUCCAUAAACACGACUGUAUUCCCUUCUAGGUACGAGAAGAAUUUGGGAGGGCAUGCGGUGGUCCUUUCUCCCAGGCUGGAAGAGAAGCUCAGAGUUUUCUCGCAAAAAAAUGCUGCUUUGGAGAAAUCUAUGGAGAACUAUAAAGGUACUGAAGGAGGACGGGAAAGGACAGAAGCUGGCAUAGGGUUAGACAGGCAAAGUAGUGUUCAGCUGUCUUCCUACUGCCAAGAGCUGCAAUAAUUAUAAUUAUUAUAAUUAUAAUUAUAAUUAUAAUAUAUUUAUACCCCGCCCAUCUCUCAGGGUUUCCCCAGCCGCUCUGGGCAGCUCCCAACAGAAUUUUAUUAAUAAUAAAAUUAAUAAUACUAAUACUAAUAAUAAAGUGAUAAAACAUCAAACAAUAAAAACUUCCCUAAACAGGGCUGCCCUCAGAUGUCUUCUGAAAGUCUGGUAGUUGUUUUUCUCUUUGACAUCUGAAGGGAGGGUAUUCCACAGGGCAGGUGCCACUACCAAGAAGACCCUCUGCCUGGUUCCCUGUAACCUCACUUCUCGCAGUGAGGGAACCACCAGAAGGCCCUCGGAGCUGGACCUCAAUGUCUGGGCUGAACGAUGGGGGUGGAGACGCUCCUUCAGGUAUACUGGGCCGAGACCGUUUAGGGCUUUAAAGGUCAGCACCAACACUUUGAAUUGUGCUCGGAAACGUACUGGGAGCCAAUGUAGGUCUUUCAGGACCAGUGUUAUGCGGUCUCGGCGGCCACUCCCAGUCACCAGUCUGGCUGCUGCAUUCUGGAUUAAUUGCAGUUUCCAGGUCACCUUCAAAUGUAGCUCCACGUAGAGCGCGUUGCAGUAGUUAAAGAGAUAGAUAACCAGAGCGUGCUCCACUCUGGCGAGACAGUCUGUGGGCAGGUAGGGUCUCAGCCUGCGUACCAAAUGGAGCUGUUUCCUGAGAGGGCAUGGGAGUUCAACACGGUGCAGUUGGGGCAGCAGCAGCAGCAGCACCAAUCUGAUGACCCUGCUGCCUCACCUUCACUGCGCUGGCCUCCACACGCCUUUCCCUUUCAGUAACCACCAGUGACGCUCGGCACUGGGAAAGCGAGUGAGCCGCUCCGUGCAGUCUGCGGCAAACGCUUCUAGCCAUGGAUGCAGCUAUCUGUCAGCUCCCAUUCCAGGCAGGUCACAAGGAAAGGCAAAUCCUUUUAGAUGGGGACCUGUCUUCCCUGGAGCUUCCUGGAAGUGUCUGAAAGGGCAUCCAAAGAAUUGGAUAAGAUGACAGGAAGGAUUCGAAACCUGCGGGAUCAGAGAUUCUCAGAGGACUGGAGUAAAUAUUUGAAAAGCAAUUGUAAUAAACAGAUUACACUAGUAGGACUGGAAGAAGUUUUGUAAGGAGGACUAUGCAAAAUAUCGCAGAGAAGAUUAUGAAGAGAAUUAUUAGCUAAGGAUUAUUAAAAGUAAUAGUGAAAUUAAUGAAAUGUAGAUUAAGUGAUAAAGACUGAAAAAUCUUCAGAUGUGGUUGAUGGAAGUCUAAAACAUUGUAUAAAUUAAGAAAAUGUGUUAUAUGGUGUUUGGGAAUUAUAUGUAAAAAUCAAUAAAAAUAUAAUAAUAAUAAUAAUAAUAAUUAAAAAAAAAAGAAAGGGCAUCCAAAGAACCAUUGCCAUUGCUCCAUCACCUAGUGGUGGCUUGUGCUGAUCGAAAUGCGGAGUUUCCUGCCCACAAGGGUCCUGAGAUUGAAUGCUUAUUAUGAUUAUUAUUCACAAAACAAACCGCCGCUCAACGUAUGAUGGUCUGAAUAACUUUGUCCACCUUUUCUUCUUCGUUACAGAAUCUCUGGAGCAAGUUCUGCAACCAGGUAAUUUUCUAGGAAUAAAAGGAAAUGUUGGCGCCCAGUUGUGCACGUCAUGAAUGCACAACGAACAGGACAUUUCGGGAGGGGGGGGGAGUGUCUCUGUGUUGACCGAGAAUCAGCUUUUAAACUUGUCACCCUUUCCUUCCCAUAACAGAUUAUUUGAAGCAGACCUUGCAGAAAGGUAAAUAACUCAAUGGAAUGGGAAACGUUGGGUGGGAAGUUGGAGAUUUAGCGGCUGCCCCUUGCUCAGUUGCUUAAUCGGGUGGCAAUAAUAAUACAAUGGUACCUCGGGUUAAGGGACACGGGUGGCACUGUGGGUUAAACCACAGAGCCUAGGGCUUGCCGAUCAGAAGGUCGCGGUUCGAAUCCCCGCGACGGGGUGAGCUCCCGUUGUUCGGUCCCAGCUCCUGCCAACCUAGCAGUUCGAAAGCACACCAGUGCAAGUAGAUAAAUAGGUACCGCUCCCGCAGGAAGGUAAACGGCGUUUCUGUGUGCUGCUUUGGUUCGCCAGAAGCGGCUUAGUCAUGCUGGCCCCAUGACCCGGAAGCUGUACGCCAGCUCCCUCGGCCAAUAAAGCGAGAUGAGCGCCACAACCCCAGAGUCGGUCUCAACUGGACCUAAUGGUCAGGGGUCCCUUUACCUUUACCUCGGGUUAAGUACUUAAUUCGUUCUGGAGGUCCGUUCUUAACCUGAAACUGUUCUUAACCUGAAGCACCACUUUAGCUAAUGGGGCCUCCCGCUGUUUCCAUGCCGCUGGAGCACGAUUUCUGUUCUCAUCCUGAAGGAAAGUUCUUUAUUUCUGCGUUAGCAGAGUCUGUAACCUGAAGCGUAUGUAACCGAAGGUACCACUGUAAUAAUAAAAUAAAUUUUUAUUUAUAUCCCGCCCUCCCCAGCCAAAGCCAGGCUCAGAGUGGCUAACAACAAGAGCAGAAGGUCCCUGUCUUCGCCCCUGCCCCUCGCUUCAGCACCUUAGCCCGAUCCUUUCGCCGACAUCAUCCCUCCUCCAAUUUCAUUCUCCGCCCCUCUCUUUCCCACAGCGAACGUGACUCUGGAUCCGGACACGGCCCACCCCUUCCUCAUUCUGUCCCAGGACCUGAAGGGCGUGCGGAGAGUUCAGAGGGAGCAGGACUUGCCUUUCAACCCCGAGAGAUUUGACACCAUGCCCUACGUGCUGGGCUGCAACAGAUUCACUUCCGGAAAGCACUGGUGGGAGGUCGAGGUGUGGGGCAAGGCGACGUGGGCCGUGGGGGUGGCCACGGAGUCGGUCAGGAGGAAGGGGGGCGUCGACAUCAGCCCCCACCAGGGGAUCUGGGCCAUGGGGAAGCCGCCCUGCUACUCCCCCUCCCCCUGCCAGUUCCUGGCUUUUACUUCCCCUCAGCCGACGGACCUGACCUUGAGGAGAGAGCCCAGGAAGAUCCGCGUGGCCCUGGAUUGCGAGGCGGGCUGCGUGGAGUUUUCCGACGCCGACACGGAGGAAUUCAUCUUCGCUUUCCCUCCGAGAUCCUUCUUUGGGGAGAAAAUCCGGCCCUUUCUGCAGGUGUGCUGCGAUGUCAGCCUGAAAUGCUGAAGCCCGCCGUGAAUCGCAAACUCUACGGGGCCACCGCUCUGAGAGGAGCAAAUCCUCUCCGAAACCUCUCCGUUCUAGAUGGUAAGAUUCUUCCAUCUGCAGACAAGAAAAGGCAGCAAAUAAAAACAGUCUGGGUUCGAUGGUCCCUUUCGUUACCAUUCUUUAAUAAUAAUAAUAAUAAUAAUAAUAAUAAUAAUAAUAAUAAUAAAAAUUUUUAUUUAUAUCCCGCCCUCCCCAGCCAAAGCCGGGCUCAGGGUGGCUAACAACAAUAAAACAGUACAAAAGUACAGCACAAACAACACUCUAAAAUCAUUCAUUAUAAAAUUGAAAUGAUCGUUCUAAACAAAAUAGGAAGAAGCUCCAAAUACAGUGGUACCUCUGGUUGCGAAUGGGAUCCGUUUUGGAGGCCGCUUCGCAACAUGAAAAGAAUGCAACCUGCAGCGGCGCGUCUGCGCACGCGCAGGUUGCGAUUGGCCACUUCUGCGCAUGCGCGUGACAUCAUUUUGCGCGUCUGCGCAUGCGCGAGUGGCGAAACCCGGUAGUAGUAGUAGUAAUAAUAAUAAUAAUAAUAAUAAUAAUAAAUUUUUUUAUUUAUAUGCCGCCCUCCCCAGCCGAAGCCGGACUCAGAGCGGCUAACAACAGUAAAAUGAUAAAACAUUCUAAAAUCAUUUCAUUAUAAAAUUAAUUCAAAUCAGAUUAAUGGCAACCAUUGGGCUAGAGUUCUGUGAGGAUUACCAAAGGAGGGGGUCAGACUGUGCCCUGGCCAAAGGCCUGUUGGAACAGCUCUGUCUUGCAGGCCCUGCGGAAAGAUGUCAAGUCCCGCAGGGCCCUAGUCUUUUGUAACAGAGCGUUCCACCAGAUUGGAGCCACAGCCGAAAAAGCCCUGGCUCUGGUUGAGGCCAGCCUAACCUCUCUGUGGCCUGGGACCUCCAAGGUGUUUUUGUUUGAAGACUGUAAGUUCCUCUGUGGGACAUACCAGGAGAGGUGGUCCCAUCGGUACGAGGGUCCUAGGCAGUAUAGGGCUUUAAAGGUCAAAACCAGCACCUUAAACCUGAUCCUGUACUCCACCGGGAGCCAGUGCAGCGGGUAUAGCACUGGGUGAAUGUGAUCCCACGGCAAGGACCCCGUAAGGAGUCUUGCCGCGGCAUUCUGCACCCGCUGGAGUUUCUGGGUCAGUCUCAAGGGCAGCCCCACGUAGAGCGAGUUACAAUAAUCCAGUCUGGAGGUGACCGUCGUGUGGAUCGCAGUGGCUAGGUCAGGGCGAGAGAGGUAAGUAACCCUUUCCAGUACUUCCGGGUCACCGCGGGACGCAACCUGAAAAAACCGUAACAUGAAUCAAACGUAACAAGAGGUAUGAGUGUAGAUUAAAAGUGGUAUUGAUUCUGGGACAUGAAAGGCUAUGUCUCUGAGAUGGUGGUUGUCCAACUUUUGUCCCCACCUACACUCAACUCUCACCUGUGGCUUCUAGAAGCUGUCAGCCUGGGACAGCAGCCACACCCCAAGAACGGCUUCAACCGGUCGACUAAAAACCAGGUGAGGGGAGCCGAUGGACCUCAAACCCAUGGUGAGUUAGGGACUUCUCCUGCACGUGAAGGCAGGCUCCAGUGGAUUGAGCAGAUGAGACCAAGAGUAGAUCCAGUGGUCAAGAAGGUGGUUUCUGCCCGUGCUGUAGAGGAAAACAGGGGGUAGGUGGGGCUCGUCAUCCUGGGAAGGGAGCCCAGCUAGGAGAAGGAAAACUCUAACCCUAAACCUCUACUGCCUUGCGGGAGAUCUUUGGGAGAAGACAGGACUAAGGAGUAGUCCCUGCUCAAAUCCAGUGUAGAGUCCCUAAGACGGUUGGUUGGCACCCUGUGCAGAUUCCAAUACAGUGGUACCUUCGGUUAAGUACUUAAUUCGUUUCAGAGGUCCGUUCUUAACCUGAAACUGUUCUUAAACUGAAGCACCACUUUAGCUAAUGGGGCCUCCUGCUGCUGCCGCACCGCCGGAGCACAAUUUCUGUUCUCAUCCUGAAGCAAAGUUCUUAACCUGAGGUACUAUUUCUGGGUUAGCAGAGUCUGUUACCUGAAGCGUAUGUAACCCGAGGUACCACUAUAUAUAGUUAGCAGAGUAAAAAACUUAAAACACAUUGCAGGAUUCCCAGAAAUAGACCACAGGCAAUUAAUGUUUCAUCCAGCAGAGCUUUACUGCUACUGAAGGCAAAUGAGCAGAAUGGUCACAAAUCCAAUACAUUCAGGAUUGGCACCGUCCGUAAGAAAUCCAAUUGCAGCAGACCUAACUUAAACUUACAAUAACUUAUCAUAAGACUAAAUCUUGACACUGUAUACAGGACACCGCACCAGAAGGAAGAGAAAGAGUGAAACCCAGGAUCCUUCUGGCUUUACUGUUAUAGUCAAUAUGACCUUGACAAAAUAAAAAAAUUCCUUCCAGUAGCACCUUCGAGACCAACUAAGUUAUUGGUAUGAGCUUUUGUGUGCAUGCACACUUCUUCAGAUACACACGAAAGCUCAUACAGUCAUACCUCAUGUUACGUCCACGUCAUGUUAUGUUCUUUCAGGUUAUGUCCCGCAGCGAACGGGAAGUACUGGAAAGGGUUACUUCCGGGUUUCGCAGCUUGCGCAGAAGCACAAAAUGACAUCAUGCGCAGAAGCGGCGAAUCGCAACCUGCGCAUGUGCAGACACGCCACUGCUGGUUGCGUUCUUUUCAUGUUGCGAACAGGCCUCCAGAACGGAUCCCGUUCGCGACCAGAGGUACCACUGUACCAAUAACUAACUCAGUUAGUCUCUAAGGUGCUACCGGAAGGAAUUUUUUUAUUUUGUUUUGACAGAGACCAACACGGCUACCUACCUGUAACUACGACCUUGACUGAAAGAGAUAACAGAACCAGUUUAAUCCAGCUGUACUCAGCUUCUCUGAAGGAAUAACUCGAACAUCAUGAGCCUCCUGCUUGCUUCUUUCACACAGAGAAGCUUCCAGAACCCUCUGAAUUAAUUAGAAUUAAUUCUAAUCAUUACUUAGCUUUUUAAAAACCCUUUGGGGUUGAGGGAAUGGUUAUUUCAAAACAUUGCAAUGAAAGGAAGCUUCUGACCUUGACUGUUUUGAGUUUUUUUCACUGAUUGCUGCUUAUUUCCAGCACUUUUUCCCUGCAUAGGAGUGAAUCUAUAGGCCCCCCUUGGAGUAAUUCCAGCAACUUCUCUCACUAAUACAAGGGAUGUGUAAUGUGCCUAUUCAUUCUCUCUCUUCCCACCCCUCCUUUAAUUUUAUGACACUGCAAGAUAAAAAGGAUGACUACAGGAAGCUUCACAGCAACACUGCCAUCCUUCAAUUAUUUUUAUUGCAUUUUAUUGUAUAAGAUUUCUUACCUGUCUUUCACCACAGGGUCCCGGGGUGGGUUAUGGCAAUGUAAUAUACAGCUAUAAAAGGCAAAGCCAUUGCAGCUAUCGAAAAAGAAAUAAUUCAGGUAAAACCGUUCUGUGGAACGGAACAGAGUAAUAUAAAUUCAGCCAAAGAUGUGGGUCUUAAAAAACACAAUACUUUAAUUGUCAAACUGUUAAGUGGUACAUUUAGCAUUUUUAGGUAACAGUCACAUCUUAUGCGGGGUGCAUUUGGGUUAUGCAAUAUUCAUAUUCAUAAAUAGCUGACAAAAGGGUUCAAUACAUGUAAUCAUAAGACAUACCAGCUAAAAGCAGAAGUUUAUCGAGGGACAUACAAAACGCUUGGCCAAGGUUUCACAUACAGAAACUGCUUUCAGAUGAUAGAUAAUAUCUGAAAGGACAGCAGAGCAAGGCCAGAUAGAUGUGUAUUUAUGGUACAGGAUAAUGUCAUGGUUCUUGUUUGGAAAAAGAGAUUGAAGGACAGGAUGAAAGGCUAUCUCUGAAGGGCACUUGGCAGCUUGGGGAGCAAAUCGGCAAGAGGUGAGGUAGACUGAGGGAGAAGUGAUGAGUAAGCUGGCAAGGAAGACCUGGACCUAGACUCGCAAUAGUUUUUUGUAUGUGUUUGCCUUCCGUUAUUUUUCCUCUUGCACUUUAUUUCCUCAUUAAAUUAUGUUGCAAUAAAUCUUUCUAAAAUCAUCCAAACUUGUCCUCUUUCUCAGUGCUUGUGUGGUUCAGAAGGCAAGGAGAUCUCAGGUCUGUGUAUUCAAACCGAGUGGCACGGGAUCUCAUUAUAAAUCAAAACCACCAGAAUGCCUAUGUUAUGCAAACCCACUUGAAAAAACAUGUAAACGUAAUACAGUGGUACCUCGGGUUAAGUACUCAAUUCGUUCCGGACGUCUGUUCUUAACCUGAAACUGUUCUUAACCUGAAGCACCACUUUAGCUAAUGGGGCCUCCUGUUGCCGCUGCGCCGCCAGAGCACGAUUUCUGUUCUCAUCCUAAAGCAAAGUUCUUAACCUGAGGUACUAUUUCUGGGUUAGCGGAGUCUGUAACCUGAAGCGCAUGUAACCUGAAGCGUAUGUAACCUGAGGUACCACUGUAGGCUGUAUAAUAACAAUUGUGAAGUUAUUUACUAGAAACUACUUCUCCAAAUUAGAUACAGCUUCUCAUAAUGUCAAGAUCAACAUCGUGACAUAACAUAUUAAAAUAUAGCUUAUUCAGUUAACCACCAAGUCCAGUGUGUACAAAAUGUGAUUCCUAUUUUGUCAGUACUGUGCCAGCAUCUACCAGUGCCAGUUUCUUUCACUGAUUUCACUUUCACUUAUCAUCUUCAUUAAACAUUUACAAGACUAUUUCAUGGUACUCCUCUAAGGAAUACACCAGACAGAAAAAUACAAGAGAAGAUGAAGAAAUUGGAAAUGAAUGUACUACGGGACUAACAAAAUAGGAAUCGCAUUUUGUACAUACUAGACUUGGUGAUUAACUGAAUAAGCUAUAUUUUAAUAUGUUGUGUCACAAUGUUGAUUUUGACAUUAUGAGAAGCUGUAUCUAAUUUUGUAAGGUAAAAGUAAAGGGACCCCUGACCAUUAGGUCCAGUCGUGACUGACUCUGGGGUUGCGGCUCUCAUCUCGCUUUACUGGCCGAGGGAGCCGGCGUACAGCUUCUGGAUCAUGUGGCCAGCAUGACUAAGCCACUUCUGGCGAACCAGAGCAGCGCACGGAAACACCGUUUACCUUCCCGCCGGAGCGGUACCUAUUUAUCUACUUGCACUUUGAUGUGAUUUCGAACUGCUAGGUUGGCAGGAGCAGGGACCGAGCAACGGCAGCUCACCCCGUCGCAGGGAUUCGAACCGCCGACCUACUGAUCAGCAAGUCCUAGGCUCUGUGGUUUAACCCACAGCACCACCCACGUCCCAUUUUGAGAAGUAGUUUCUAGUAAAUAACUUUACAAUUGUUAUUAUACACCUAUGACGUUUACGUGUUUUUUCAAGGGGUCUCAUUAUAAACACAAAACAAAAAUCCUACAGAGGGAAAGACAGACAAGUAUAGAUCAAGUGAACAAAUUUGCUGUGCACCAACACCACAGCAAAGCAAUUGUUCUUGUUCGUUUACGGGGCAGCACCCAGCUGUUAAUACGUAACAGAAUACUUCCUUUGCAUGAGGGUGGAGAAAGGAUUUUGCGUGGCGGGAUGUCACAUGCAUUGAUAAAAUGCUUUUACAAGAGCAGCUGACGUACAUUAUUAUUAAUAAUAAUAAAAUGUGUACACUGCCCUUCACCCAAAGAUCUCAGGGCCGUAAAUACAAAAACACAAAAUAGAUAAUAAAAACCAGAACGAGAGAAGCCAGUAACACCCCCCUCCCAACUCUUAACGGAGAAAUCCGAGGGCUCCCUUGGACAAAAAAACCAAGGACACCAGCCAGGAAUACCAGAGCAAAACAGCAGCUAGUAGGCUUGGUCUUUAUUGAAGACUGUCGCGACAGGACUCCCACCUGCCACCAGGUGAAACAAGAUGGAAGCACCCGAACAAAAGAGAACCCAAAUUUUAUUAGCUACUAAUCCCUCAUGCUUCACCCCUAAGACUACAUCACAACUACAUCAUUGACACAUCACAAAAAAGGAGGGGUUGAAGGAGGAGUUGUGGUGGUAACCUGAGUGUCUUGUCACCUAGCCGGUUCCUCCUUCCCCCCUCCCCAUGAGUACUUUCCAGGUGACAAAGGGGAGUUUGCAGUUUCCUGCCCCCAGAGGGAAGAGCUGAUCACUGUCCUUUGUUUCAGUCCCUGCUGAAUCCACUCCCAUAUGCAUAGGACCAUCAAGGUUGUCAUGCCAACUGGGUAGGGCUUGGCUGCCUUGUGUCAGGUCACCCCCCCUUUAAUAGUCCUUCCUUCAUGGUGUAAAAUAAAAGUGGAAAGGUGCAGAUCCAAUGUAUGGGUGAUUUUCUAUGAAUUUAUAACAGAAGCGUCGCGUAUGUCGUGUGUGAGUGUCGUGUUUGUACAAACUGAAUGGUGUGGGGGGGGUUUUCCUGCAACACCCCCCCCCCAAACACAUGCUCAGUUGGUUUGAGCGUGGUGCUGAUAACACCAAAGUUGUAGGUUGGAUCCCUGUAUGAGACGGCUGCAUAUUCCUGCAUUGCAGGGGGGGUGACUGGAUGAUCCUGGGGGGUCCUUUCCGACUCUGAAAAGAACAUAAAAUGUUACUCAGCUAAAGGCCUGGCAGAAAAGGAAUGUACAUGAUAUAGUGCAGUCAGUAGUGUAUGACACCCAAUCUUAGGGUUGUGGGUUCGAGUCCAACCUGAGAAAAAAAAAAAAUUCCUGCAGGGGGUUGGACUAGAUGACCCUAGUGGACCCUUCCAGCUCUACAGUUCAAUGACGCAAGGAAGGUGGGAUUUAAGGAAAUAAAUGAUAGCCUGGGGGCUUGCUGGGCGCCCCUCCCCUCCAAAAAACCCCCAAACAUUACGGAAAGUACCGCACGCAGAAGAGUUAACAUUUGCUCUGCCCCGCCGUCCCUGAUUGGGCGACGGAGUUCGAACUCCCCAGGCUGAGCCCUUUCCGACCAAUGGGAAGAGGCAGGCAGCCUCGAAUUUCUAGCGUGGCAGUUUGCUCGCCACCCGAACUAACAUCGAGCGCAAAGGUUUGGCUUUGCUCGUCUGUAUAAAAAAGCGGGGCGGGAAAAGUGCAGCUUUUAAAAAUCACCAUUCUUCGUGCGCUCUUUUCUCCUAUGCAAAGAAGGCAGCGUGCGAGGUGCUGAAAAAUCACUUAUUGUCAAAGGCACUCCCCCUUUAUUUUUAUUUAUUAAAUUUUCAUUAAAUAUUAUUUAUUAAAUAAAUAUUUAUUUUUAUUUUCUCCCUGACUCAUUAUGGGAUGGAGAAGCAGUAAAUUAGGCAAGGAGGUUUGGGUGCAAAGCUCCUCAUCGUUUUAAUUUCCCCACCCCCCACAUGGCGUCUCGAGUUAGCAGGGAAAAAGGGGGCAAAAAACAGCCAGGCGGAUCCGCCUUGCAGCCAGGGGAGCGGCUCAGUUAAAAACGUGUUUGCUGCAACCCCCCCCCCCCAAACCCUGCUAUUUUAUUGAGGUUCCAUGUGCCAGUAAGCCUCCCCCGACUCUCUCCAAAUCUGCAUUCGGUAUUAGACUUGAUCCCCUAUGUGGAUCCCUAGGGGAAAGCACUAGCGCCCUUGAGCAUGUGCAAAGCGCCUCCGCCCUUUGGGAAUCGGGUUAUAUGCUUAAGCGAAAUACAGUGCGCGGAAUCGCUGCAGCUCGUAAAGCGGGGGCUUCCAUUUCUCGUGCGUAUACAGCCCUGCCCCACACCAGGCAGGGCACACCUGGGUUACCAGCGCCGGGGGGUAGAAGCGGAAAGCUCUGCAGCUGCUACUGCUGCUGCCGCCCACGUGCUUUCGCCCUGGACCACCCAGCGCGCCGCGCCUCCCACUCUCUCACCUGAUUGGGCGAGGGGUCGCUUGGAACGUCGGGAGAGCUCGGCUGCCCUGGCCAAUCGCAGGCGGAGGGAACGUCCGAACUUUCCGAGCGGAUCCCGGAUCCUUUGUGCGCUCCCACGAGACUCCAGCGCGCAGGACAGGUGAGAGCCGGCGUUGCGUGCUCACGGAAGAGAUUUUUUAUUAAUAUUUAUUUCAUUUAUAUCCUUCAUUCCUGCCUGGGCGGUUUGCAACUUUAAAAUACUGGAACAAAAAGGUGGUCUAAAAUGCAAAGGGGGAGGUGGGUUUGUUCUUUGGCCUUGAGUUUUUUCUCCUCUCCCCCCACCCACGUCAGAAGAUUUGUGGGACUGACUUUGUUUUUAUAUAUUUCUAAUAUUAAAAAAACUAAAGAGCAUAAAGAAAUACCAUUGCAGCAGGUAGAAAGCAGUUCUGGAGUUCCAGAGCUGAAUAGACCACAUGCACCUUCCAGCUAAAGAUCUGUUCCUGAUUAUUUCAGCUCCUGGCAGCCCCCCCCCCCACGUUCAUUAGUUUAAUUUGGGGUGGGUCGUCAUUAAACAGUUUGGAUCUUGAAAUAUUUGCCCAUCUACUUCAAAUCAACUAGUAGAUCCUGCUCUGCACAUGUCCUAAUUUGAGAAACGGCUUUUUCGCUCUUUGAUUCAGAGGCAGGCAAAGGCUAAGAGCAUGGGUAGGCAAACUAAGACCCGGGGGCCGAAUCUUGCCCAAUCUCCUUCUCAGUCCGGCCCACAGAUGGUCCGGGAAUCAGCGUGUUUUUACAUGAGUAGAAUGCAUCUCUGGGUUAUUUGUGGGGCAUAGGAAUUUGUUCAUUUCCCCCCCAAAAAACAUAGUCCGGCCUCUCACAAGGUCUUAUGGACAGUGGACCAGCCCCCUGCUGAAAAAGUUUGCUGACCCCUGGCUAAGAGGAACCUGUGGUUUAGGAUCAGGGAAAUCUCCAGGCGUCUCACAAAAUGGGGCGGUGGGGUUCGAGAUGUCACCUGUCUGUUUGGGGGCUAGAUCUGUUGCCCACAUUAUUUUGGAGGAUCCUGGUUUAACUAGCAACAGGUUUCCUUGCCAUUCCUAAAUGGUUUGGGACUGGAAUGAGCUAACAAAUUAAUCCUAUGUUUUGCCAGGUGUUGUACUAAAACAGGCCCCAUAGGUAAAUGUAAAGGGACCCCUGACCGUUAGGUCCAGUCGCGGACGACUCUGGGGUUGCGGCCCUCAUCUCACUUUACUGGCCGAGGGAGCCAGCAUACAGCUUCCGGGUCAUAAUAAUAGUAAUAAUAAUAAUUUAUACCCCAGCCAAGACCGGGCUCAGGGCAGCUAACAACCAAUAAUAAAAACAAGUUGAUUAAAAUACGAUUUAAAAAAACAAGAUUAAAAUACAACAUUAAAACAUUAGGAUGCAGCCUCUUCACAGGAGGAGAAAGGAAAAAGAAAGAGGGGGAGGGAAUCAAACUGAUUCUAAGCCAAAGGCCAGGUGGAACAACUCUGUCUUACAGGCCCUGCGGAAAGAAAUUGGAUCCUGCAGGGCCCUGGUCUCAUGAGACAGAGCAUUCCACCAGGCUGGAGCCAGUGUUGAGAAGGCCCUGGCUCUGGUUGAGGCUAAUCCGACUUCCUUAGGGCCUGGGACCUCUAGGGUGUUGCUAUUUAUGGACCUUAAGGUUCUCCAUGGGCCAUACCAGGAGAGGCGGUCCCGUAGGUACGAGGGUCCUAGGCCGUGAAGGGCUUUAAAGGUCAAAAGCAGCACCUUGAACCUGACCCUGUACUCCACCGGGAGCCAGUGCAGUUGGAAAAGCACUGGGUGAAUAUGCUCCCAUGGCAGAGACCCUGUGAGGAGCCUCGCUGCAGCAUUCUACACCCACUGGAGUUUCUGGGACAGCUUCAAGGGCAGCCCCACGUAGAGCAAAUUACAGUAGUCAAGCAAAACUAGUGGCCAGCAUGACUAAGUCGCUUCUGGCGAACCAGAGCAGCGCGCGGAAACACCAUUUACCUUCCCGCCGGAGUGGUACCUAUUUAUCUGCUUGCCCUUUGACGUGCUUUUGAACUGCUAGGUUGGCAGGAGCAGGGACCGCCGACCAUCUGAUCGGCAAGCCUUAGGCUCUGUGGUUUAACCCACAGCGCCACCCGCGUCCCUAAAACAGGCCCCAUAGGCAGUUACUAAUCCUAUUCUUAAAAACAAACAAACCACUGAUUGAUUAAGGGGAUCCACUAGCUAGCCUAGCUCCAUCCAGCUAACACAACUCCCCUUGGUUGUUCUAGAGAAGGAAACACACAGUCUGCAUUGGAGAUCUCAAAUGAAACUGAUAAUUUUGUCCUUAUGCUUCAGGGGGAGGUAGCCAUGGAAGCCGAGGGUGCUAUUGAGGGGCUCUGCGAGGAGGCGACAUGUUCCAUCUGCCUGGAGUACUUCAUAGACCCAGUUACAAUCGCUUGCGGCCACAACUUCUGCCAAGCCUGCUUUGACCAACUUUGGGAGGACCCCAAUGUAGACUCCUGCUGCCCUCAGUGUCGAGAGAGGAUCAAGCAAAGGAACUUCAGGCCAAACCGUCAGCUGGCAAAUAUGGUUGAGAUCGUCAGGAACUUCCAGGAAAGGAAAGGAUUGAAGAGAAAGUGGGAAGAGCCCCAGAGGCAGCAGGAGCCCCCGAAAUUCUUCUGGAGGGAUGGUCAGGCACCAGGGGUUGUGGUUUGGGACCGGUUGCAUGCUGACCAGGGCCACACUGCGUCUUCUAUAAGCAAGAUAUCCGUAAAAUACAAGGUAAGAAAUUGAUAUGGCAGGUGGUCCUAGGAAAUCGCCCUGGCUCUUUUUUGGAGGGUUCUGUGCAGCCCUAUGAGUUUCCCCUGGAGUAAAAGGUCAUGCAUAGAUUACGCAGGAGAUGGGUUGAGGAUUAAAUUUAAUUUGUAGAUUAAAAUGCAAACCUCUUAUCCCACACAUGUAGGAGAAAUACAAAAAGUAAACGCGCUGUGGUGAUUUUUUAGCAUAGUAAAACACCAGUUAUUUUUAUUGACUUUCCAUAAUUUAUAACAAAUUGUGUCCAAUUUUUUUUAAAAAAUUAAAAACUGGCUCUCCCCGCCAUGUCCCCUCUAUUUUUCUCCCUUCUUUGCUGCUCCCAAUACAAUAACUUUUCCAACUAUCAUUUCGAAAUACAUUCAUCCCAUCGCCGUACACAUCACCUGUUCAAUUACCUAUUUGUGGUAUGGAUUUUAUACCUUAUUAUAACCUGUCCUCAAAAUAACAAUUGAGAAAAAUCCUCUUUUAUCUAUCUAUAACAACCAUUAAUCAAUUUUGAAACACUUCCCUCUGAUAAUAGCAUUCCCUGCCUCUCACACCGCCAAUCUCCCAGCGUCACCCACCCCUCACAUUUCACCAGAUUUAAUCCUGAGUUUUACAUACAACCAACUCAUUAAUAAUCCAUAUCUCUUCUCUGUCAGAAAAUCUCAGAAGUCGUCAUGCUGGUAUAUGCUGUGGCCCAUCCUCUCCCUUUCACUUUUCUUAUUUCUAGCUUCAAGGAAGGAGGCUGUUGUAAUCUCAACAAAAUCCAGAUCUCCUUUUUAUACUUUUUAUUUGUGGUCUGCUGACCUCCCGCUUUGAGACUCCUUCGGGUAGUGAUAAAGCGGGAUAUCAAAUCCAAACUCUUCUUCUUCUUCUUCUUCUUCUUCUUCUUCUUCUUCUUCUUCUUCACCACCCCCCUUGCAGAGAAUGAGCCACACAUUUUUAGUAAGAUAAACAAAAAAAUGUUUACAGUGGUGCCCCGCAAGACGAAUGCCUCGCAAGACGGAAAACCCGCUAGACGAAAGGGUUUUCCGUUUUGGAGGUGCUUCGCAAAACGAAUUUCCUAUGUGCUUGCUUCGCAAGACGAAAAUGUCUUGCGAGUUCCUGCGAGUUUGUUUCCUUCCCCCCCCUUUUUCCCAAGCCGCUAAACCGCUUAUCAGCUGAUGGCUAAGCCGCUUAUCAGCUGAUCUUUAGCCAACUUAACAGCUGAUGCUAAGCCGCUUAUCAGCUGAUCUUUAAGCCGCUUAACAGCUGAUGCUAAGCCGCUUAUCAGCUGAUCUUUAAGCCGCUUAUCAGCUGAUCUUUAAGCCGGCUAAGCCGCUAAUACUGUAGCGCUAAGCCGCUAAACCUCUAAUGGGCUUGCUUCGCAAGACAAAAAAACCCGCAAGACGAAGAGACUCGCGGAACGGAUUCUUUUCGUCUUGCGAGGCACCACUGUACUUGCAUUUCAAAGCAGGCAGCAAAUACAGGAAAGAAAAAUUAUCAGGUGCAGCAUACAAAAGUUGGCUUCAAAAUAAGCUCUGUGUGUUUGGGUCAUUUUGGAAGCAUGGUAGAUAGUUUCCUAAGAGGCAGGAGGAAGGAUAAAAUAUUUUCCUUUGUUACAGAAUUCCCACCCAGAAGAGACCAAGGAAUGAGCGCACAUAAUGUCCUCUCUAGGAAGUUUUAGAACCCUCUGUGUACUCGCCCUUUGCACACCUAGCAAAACAUGCAUUUGUGAUUUGGCUGCAAACCCCACAAAGGUGGCACCGCUCUUCCAAUUCCAAAACAAUGCUCUAUUUCCACAGAAAUAUCCUACUGUUGUGUGCAUUCCCUCACCCCCAAUUGAAUAUCUGUUUCUUUUUUAAGUUCAAGGGAGCAAUACUGCUUGGCCAGAAGGAACCAGGCGAUUGCUUCACAGAAUAAAACCACAAUAGGUCAGAUUUACAGCACAGUGAGAGCUGUAAGACUUCUGUAGUCACCUUAACCCGGGCAUAGGCAAACUCGGCCCUCCAGAUGUUUUGGGACUACAAUUCCCAUCAUCACUGACCACUGGUCCUGUUAGCUAGGGAUGAUGGGAGUUGUAGGCCAAAACAUCUGGAGGGUCGAGUUUGCCUAGGCCUGCCUUAACCAAAUGCUCAAGUCAGUCACUACAAGAUGCCUAAAACCCAUCAGGGUUGGCAUCAACUGGAACUGUGAGGUCAUUCCAGAUUUGAGGGGAUUCUGCAUAGGACCCACUCACGUAUUUUAUCCUUUGCAAAUGCUGGUACUGGUAAGAGAGAGACGCCACUUGGUCUCAAACACAAGGUUGGUACAGUGGUGCCCCGCAAGACGAAUGCCUCGCAAGACGGAAAACCCGCAAGACGAAAGGGUUUUCCGUUUUGGAGGUGCUUCGCAAAACGAAUUUCCUAUGGGCUUGCUUCGCAAGACGAAAAUGUCUUGCGAGUUCCUGCGGGGUUUUUUUCCUUUCCCCCCCCCUUUUUCCCAAGCCGCUAAGCCGCUUAUCAGCUGAUCCGUUAAGCCACUAAGCCGCUUAACAGCUGAUCCGCUAAACCGCUAAUGGGCUUGCUUCGCAAGACGAAAAAACCGCAAGACGAAGAGACUCGCGGAACGGAUUCUUUUCGUCUUGCGAGGCACCACUGUAUAUACAGGGGGAGCAGACAGUCCAGCAAAUAGUCAGGUCCUAAACUGUAGGAUUUUAUAUGUCAAUGCAAACAUGAUAUGUAAGAAAUUUCGGAGAACUAAAAAAUGCUCCAGCUUAAGUUUUAGGCAACGAAAUCUAAGAAAACAGGACUUGCACAGGUGGCAUAAUUUGGUGAUUGAAUGAAAAGUACAGUCAUACUUCAGGUUACAGACGCUUCAGGUUGCGGGGGGUUUUUUGGGUUACGGACGCGCUGAAACCCGGAAGUACCGGAAUGGGUUACUUCCAGGUUUUGGCGGUCACGCAUGCGCAGAAGCGCUAAAUCACGCUUUGCACAGAAGCAGCGAAUUGUAACCCGCGCAGACGCGCUGCUGUGGGUUGCGAAGGUGCCUCCCGCACGGAUCACGUUCGCAACCCGAGCGUCCACCGUAAUGUGGAACAGGCCGUGAUUGCAGGAGGAGUUAAAAAUGUGAAUGUGUUGUGUUGUGUUAAAACAAUGUGACACAACCGUUGCAUGCAAAGACUGCAGCGUUCAGGAUUAAAAUUCAGCUACAAUUUAAGUCUUGCCGCCUCUUCUUUCUGAGAUGCCUUCAAAAGAACUGGCAACGGAUGCUCAACCCCACCUGAACUCUCUCACAAGGCCAACUAAUUAUAUGCAGCGUGUAUCAAGUUUCCUAGCUGUAUGGCAGUUCAGAUUAAAGUUAAGGCUGGGGAAAACCAGCCCCAAAAUCAAAUCAAUCCAAGAGGUAAAGUCCAAGAUGUAGGGUUCAGGUAAACGGUGAGAAAAAAUAUGUUUUUAAGUAAAACUCACAAGUCUUGAGCUCAGCAGAGGCAAAGUAAUGGGAAAAAUAAAAUGGGAAACUCCUGACUCUCUUGCCCAAGCAGGCUAGCUCAAGAAUAACUAUGAGCAGCAUUGAUCAUGAAGAAGGGGGAAAAUUCAGAUACGCAUUUGUUGGUACACCAGUAAAAUAUGUAUAGCUGUCGAGUCUGCGGCCAGAAACCAACCAGGUUUCCCAUUAAGUGUCUAACACAACCCAUAUCAGCCUUUUCAGAAUACAGGGCCACAAAGGAGUGUGGAUGACCCUCCAGCUGUUGAUGAGAUGCAUAGUUAAAGUCACCGGUCUCAAAGUACCGUAUUUUUCGCUCUAUAGGACACACAUUUUCCCCUCCAAAAAUGAAGGGGAAAUGUGUGUGCGUCCUAUGGAGCAAAUGCAGGCUCCUUGGCUUCGCGGUGACGCGCCUGACCUGGAAGCCGGAGGAGGAAUAGAAGGGUCUCCUUCUGUUCCUUCUCCAGCUUCGCUGAAAGGCGCUGCGCCUUCUCCCUCUCUGCGCAGCGCCUCUCCUUCACAGGAGAGGCGCUGCACAGAGAGAAGAAGGCGCAGCGCCUCUUGAGCGACGUGCCUGUCAUGUGAAGCCGGAGGAGGAAGAGAAGGGUCUCCUUCUGUUCCUUCCCCAGCUUCGCUGAAGGGGCGCUGCGCAGUUCUCCCUCUCUGAGAGGGAGAACUGCGCAGCGCCCCUUCAGCGACGCGCCUGUCUUGGCUUCUGCCUUAGCCGUGCGCAGCCUCUUCGGGCAGGGGGAGCCUUCAUUCUGCUGCCCUGAAGAGGCUUGGCGCUGUUAUCCCAGAAGCCAGAACAGCCACACGGUAUCCCAGAAGCCAGAUCCCUCUUGUUGUUCUGGCUUCUGGGAUUCAGAAUAAUUUUUUUCUUGUUUUCCUCCUCCCAAAACUAGGUGCGCCCUAUGGUCCGGUGCGCCCUAUGGAGCAAAAAAUAUGGUAACCCUUGGCUGACGCUCAUUUUCCACCUCUGCACUUUCUUUGAAAUCUUUUUCCCCCAGGGACAGUUAGAAGCAGAGAAGCAGAAAAUCAGAUCCGCCUUCCAGAGAAUGCAGGUAUUUCUCCGGACAAAACAGCGUCUCUGGCUAGGUGAGCUGGGAGAUCUGGAGAAAAAGAUUUGGAGGAGGGGUGAAGGAAACUUUGCCGAACUCUCUGGGGAGCUUUCCCGACUCAGAAACCUGAUCGUGGCGACGGAGGCGAGAAACGUGCAGCCAUCAUACCACGUCUUUCAGCCCCCGAAGGAAUCCCUCCAGGUGAGGCUUAAUGCAAAGGUGACUUCCAGGUCUCUUGAACGAAAAAGAAAAUGAUCCUGUGUCCAUCCAUUUGUUUUCCACAGGCCGGUGGGGGUGGGGAAUUCUCACUAGAACGAAAAACAGCCCAGUGUUUUUUCCUGCCUGUGUAAUUGACACCCAUUUAUCUUUUUGUUUUUAUUUUUCAGGACAUCAGAAGAGCCUUAACGAGGUACGUGGCUCUUUUUUUUCUCACAUACACCCUUUCUGCUUUCAUGUGGAAUAAAUUUGCUCCCUUUGGUGUGUUUCUGGAAAGCAAACGAUACUGUUUCCUUCAGCGUUGCGUGAGGUUCAUAUCUUUGCUCUUUUAAUUUGGUCUUCCUCCCCCCAAUCCCCUUUCUUUCUAGCCUUGCUCACACUCCUCUUCCUUUUUCACCCCCUGUGAAACAACCUUGGUUUCGUUUGGGGGAUGGGGAACAGAUUUCUGUAAAACAGGCCCACGUAAAGGCACUCUGGAGUACAGUCAGUUGUUGGAAACCAUUUCCUUACACCAGCAGUAGAUGAAGGUUCUGGAGUUUUAUUUCCUCUGCAAAGGGUGACUUCUCUACAACCUCACAAUCAGAUGCCCUUCAGAUUACCUAGGAGGGAGUAGUGGCCUUUUUACCUUUAGACUUAAAGGUAAAGGGACCCCUGACCAUUAGGUGCAGUCGUGGCCGACUCUGGGGUUGCGGCGCUCAUCUCGCUUUACUGGCUGAGGGAGCCAGCGUACAGUUUCCAGGUCAUGUGGCCAGCAUGACUAAGCUGCUUCUGGGGAACCAGAGCAGCGCACAGAAACGCCGUUUACCUUCCUGCCGGAGCGGUACCUAUUUAUCUACUUGCACUUUGACGUGCUUUCAAACUGCUAGGUUGGCAGGAGCAGGAACCGAGCAACGGUAGCUCACCGCGUCGCAGGGAUUCGAACCACCAACCUUCUGAUCGGCAAAUCCUAGGCUGUGUGGUUUAACCCACAGCGCCACCCGCGUCCCUUCACCUUUAGAUUUAGUCCUCUUCUAUACAGUCGUACCUUGGAAGUCGAACAGAAUCCGUUCUGGAAAUCUGUUUGCCUUACAAAACCAAAGCGCGGCUUCUGAUUGGCUGCAGGAACAAAAUCGUUCCAAAACCCAGAACACUUGCUUCCGGAUUUUGAUUGUUCGGGAGCCAAUUUCUUCGGGAGCCGAGGUGUUUGAGAUCCAAGGUACGACUGUACUUGGGAUCCUUUUUAUUGAAGCUGCCAUGGAAAGAACAUGCAGACAUGUUCACGUGAAGUGCCUGCCCUGCCACUGGGCAAUCGGCCCCUGCUUUCUUCUGCGCUGGUGUUUCCAUUUUGGCCAGGCCAGGCCCACCUGCUCUUAUACCUGUUGCCGCCUGCGGAGUAAAGACUCAGGUCGCCAAAAAGGGGGCGCUUGCAAUGUCUGAUGACUCAGCACUUUGAAGCCCCGCGAAUCACCAACGAUCAGCUGAUUGCCUUCUGUGGCAAACAUCAGAUUGUCUUCCUGCCUAAGGCAAGUAUAGGAGACUGGGUCUAGGCCAGUGGGCCAGGUCUUUACCUCUCCCCACCCCCCAUGACCCCAUUCUGGCAGAGGGGUGGUCCUGGCCACCUGCCAGUCACCUGAGACCGAUGAUUUCAUGGGACUCGUUUUCACCUGCACAGUGUGAAAUUAAACCGCGUAUGUGCCAUCAGCUGGUUAUUGGGGCUUUAAAGUGGUUUGUGUGAGUUGCUUGCACCCAAGUAGCUUAACUGCACACGACCUCUGUUGAUGUUUGCUUCAUCCUUUGACACUCGUAUUUUGUUCUCGGCACUGGGCCUUUGCUUCCUUCCCUGCAAGCUUCCUAGGCAAUUUUUAUAAGGUUCUCCUCCAGGGUGGACGGGUGAUAGAGAAGGAAAUAGAGGAGGCUGUCCCAGUUCAGGAUGAAUUUGACCGGAUUAGAAGCAGUUGGCUCAAAAGAUGUCAGGCCGUGAAAUGGUAGCUUAGGGCUACCCGAUAAGUACACCUUGAGUAAGAGCUCAGCCCUCUCGUUUAAUGUUUCGAGAGCUGUAGUCUGCUGCUGUUAUUUAAACUUGACUGCGUUCCCUUCCAGGUGUGAGAAGAAAGCAUCUGAGCACGAAUCGGACCUUUCUCACUGGUGGGACGAGAUGUUCAAAAUCGCUGUGGAGAAAAGUUCUGCGCUGGAAAAGGCUACGGAGAAGUAUAAAGGUACCGCCAGAAGCAUAGCAGGGUUUGCUUUACUUGGCAAACACAAAACACAGUUGCUUCAAGAAGGCCUCUCUCUGAGCCCAGAGAGGCUUUAAGAAGGCCUCUCUCUGAGCCCAGAGAGUCCUUGCUUAAAGUGCAAGUUCAAAGUCCUGCAAGUUUAGUUUUCUAUUUCUUGUUCACAAGUCUUUCCAUUUCUGUCUUCCAACAAUCCUUCUCCACAAUUCUGCGCCACACAGUACCACAGAAUGCUGUAAUUGGAGCUUAUGGUAUAGGCCAGAACUAUGUGCCUGGCCACACAGGAACAGAGAUAAGACAGCCAUGAGUAUUCUGCAGCUGCAUCCUGGAAAGAAAAGCAUUUUGUACCAGUUUACGGAGAAUUAACUCCUUAAUCUGUCCUGCCCUACGAGAUUCCGCAGGAUGUCUGAGGAGACAUCUCAAAAAAAAUCUUUCCCCCCUUUGGUUCCGCAUCAGCAGAGAAGCAAGGUUCUGCUUAUAAUAUCAUGGAAGCCAUUUUGAGGAGGAAAAACUGGUAUCUAAGUGACUUUACUUUUAAACCUGCCCCUCACCAUUCCAUUCCGAACGCUGUCCGUUUGUUGUUGAAGAAGAGAAACUUUCAGAGCCAGGCCCACCUUAUUCUGCAAGGCGAUAUAUCGGAACACAGUGUUUCUCUUAGUCAACAAGGGAUCGAAGCAAUAGCCUUUGUUUGGGGAACCUUAAGUAUAAGUGAAAAUGCACCCGAUUCGCAUGGAAAGUGUUGCCUCUUGCUGCUUCAAAGUCCUCCUUGUGACUUGGCUUCCCUUUCAUCUCCUUGCCAUUAACCUGGCCUUCAGAUUUAAGCAGCAAAACAUUAUUGCAAGCAGCAUAAUCUUAAUUUUAAAUUGGGUGGGGCUGCCCUUACGGCCAUCUUUCCAGAGGCAAAAGCAGGCAGAGCAACGAACGUUAAUUUUGUCGUUGGUACAGAAGGCUAGUUUCCACACACCUUCAUGGAUCCUUUUCUAACCAUCCCCCAGACAAGCAGGCAGGCAUGGUCAGAGUUCAAUGGCACAUUCCAGCCAGGCAAAAAAACUAGAUGAAUAAUAAUAAUAAUAAAUACUACUAAUAAUAAUUUAUUAUUUAUACCCCGCCCAUCUGGCUGGGUUUCCCCAGCCACUCUGGGCGGCUUCCAACAAAACACUAAAAUACAAUAACCUAUUAAAAAUUAAAAGCUUCCCUAAACAGGGCUGCCUUCAGAUGUCUUCUAAAAGUUUGGUAGUUAUUUUUCUCUUUGACUUCUUAUGGGAGGGUGUUCCACAGGCCGGCGCCACUACCGAGAAGGCCCUCUGCCUGGUUCCCUGUAACCUCACAUCUCGCAGGGAGGGAACCGCCAGAAGGCCCUCGGAGCUGGACCUCAGUGUCCGGGCAGAUGACUAGUAGAGGAUGUGUCCUGCGGAGAUAGAGGCCUGGAGGUGGCUGCUGUUUUUAUCCUUUGGACACAAUGAAAACUUUCCUGUGCUUCCAAGCUUGCACAGGCAAUUAAGAAAAGGUGUUUCUGAAAUAUUUGAUCUCUGGUUUUAAGUACUAACCUGGUCUUCUGUGUGUGUGUGUGUGUGUGUGUGUGUGUGUGUUGUUUGUGGUUGGCAACUGCUUCGGCAUUUACCGUAUGGUAUAGCAAUCUACAAAUAUUUUUAUAAGUAAACACAAAAAAGUGCUGAUGUAAUAGCACAGUCCUAUACGUGUCUACUCAGAAGUAAACCCCACUGAAUUUAAUGGCAUUUAAUCCCGUUUAAGGGAGUGUGGGUCUACAACCUGAAUGUGAAAGUGCUGAGAUUCUUUGUUUGCAAAACAACUUCUUGUAUAUGUUAUCUGAUUUAUUUAUUUUCCUGUCUUCUGCAUCAGCAUCUCUGGAGCAAGUUCAAGACACAGGUAAUUCUCUCAGACAUUUUUGAUGGAAGAUGGGUGUUUGGAGGAGCCACUCAGCUGCAUCUAGGAAACCAUUUGUGUGGUCCAUAGAAAGGGGGGAAGGGGGACUUCCCACAGCAAUGAAUUCCAACAGAAAAUCAACUAAAAUGCUAAAUUUAGUUGCACUUUAAUGUGAGAUGUUUUUAUUUCACCAACACACGUUAGGAUAGUCCGGCUUUAUCAAAAGAUCCUAGGGUGUUGUACAACAUUAAAAACAUUUUACGAAACCUGAUACAAAGCAUAAUAAUAAUACAAAGCAGAAAAGCGUAAUAAUAAUAUUAACAGGUCCCUGUCCCCCCCUGAGCUUUAACAGACCAUAAAGUAUUUAAUGGUCAAAGGCCUGGGUUAAAGAGGAAUGUUUUUGCCUGGUGCCUCUAAUGAUGGCACUAGCUGAGGCUCCCUUAGUGAAGGAAAUUAUCUUGGAACAUGGAGAUCACACGGGAAAAUAAAGUAAUCCAUUUUAUAUCUCAGAAGGUGGUGGGCUUUCCUUCCUUAGAGUUAUUUAAGCAGGGGUUGGAUGGGCACCUGUCAUGGAUGCUUUAGUUGAGAUUCCUUGAGGGAGGGUCCCUUCCAACUCUACAAUUCUUUGAGAGGGUUUGUUUUGGUUUUAGUGCUAAUCUGUCUCUAAGCUUGUCACUCUUUCCUCCCUGCAACAGCUCCUCUGAUGCAAGACCUGAACAAAGGUAACUCGGGGAAUGAUUUGGAUAAUGUGGGGGUGGGAGAGACUGGAUGGUUCUUAGAACCAGAAGAGGGCUGAAAUGGGUAGAGAAGCAGCAGGCUUUAUGAAGGCUUAGUCUCAGAUUGCUUGGGGGGAAAUGUUGGAGAGGAGAGAACGUGGAAGGCUGUGGGGAAGUGGGGCUUUUAGUAUUGGCAACAGAUCCAUGGAGUGAGACCCUAGCAGGCAUGAGCUUCUGUGUUCAGUAGGCCGGACGCCCUGCCAAGCCUGUGUAGAUAGUGUGAUUUACUUCCGUCUCGCUCCUGACACCGCCAUCCGGCAUCCUCUCCCCGUUUUUCUCCUGCAGUGGAUGUCACCCUCAAUGCAAAUACCGCACACCCUUGCCUUACCGUCUCUGAGGAUUUGAAGAGUGUGUGGUGGGAGGUGGAGAAGAAGAGGAAGGGGGGAAAGAAAAAGAAGAAGAAGAGCAACAACAGAGGGGCGACGGGGAACCUCCCUGACAACCCAGAGAGAUUUAACGGGGAGCUCUGUGUGCUGGGCCAGGAGGGGUUCACGGCAGGGAAACACUGGUGGGUGGUGGAGGUGGAAACCUGGGGGAGGGCAAUGUGGGCCGUGGGGGUCGCCCGAGACACCAUGAGGAGGAAAGGCGUUAUCUGCACCCAUACGAACGAAGGGGUGUGGGCGGUGGGGAGGUUUUCCCGCAGCCCAUCUACGCCUUGCCAGUUCUUUGCUUUCACCUUCCCCGCACCAACCCCUUUGGCCUUGGCAAAAGAUCCCCAGAAGAUCCGCGUGUCCCUGGAUUACGAAAGGGGUCAGGUGCAGUUUUCGGACGCUGACACCGACGGUUUGUUUUUCACCUACCACACGGGGUCAUUCUCUGAGGAGAAGCUCCGGCCCUUUUUCCAAGUGAGUAGCUGCGGGACUGCGUUGAAGUGCUGGCCUCGGAGCCCCACUGCUGUGAACGGAAAUGAUAACGCCAGAACAGCGAUGGGGAACUUCUGGUUCUCGGAUGAAGUUAGACUCCAACGUCCACCAGCCGCGGAAGCAUUCCACAUUGAUCAGGGGUGGUGGGAGUUCUGAUCCUGCAACAUCAGAGAGGACCGCAGGUUUCCCUGUUCCAUUAACAAGUUUAUGGUUUCAGAUAAUUUUUCUUGUCAGUUUCUUAACCUUAGUUAAGCCAAGGAGAGGGCCAUAGUCUAAAUGGCAGGAUUUCCAGUUCCUCAUCGCAGAUCUUGGAAUAUUCCACCUGCAAAUGAUGUAGACUGGUUUUAGAGUCUUCCUUGUGUGGCUGUACCUUUGAAAUGACCAUUUAUUGAGAUAAAAUAAAAAGAGGAACAGGCUCUUUGUGUUCCACAGAAUGAUUCAGUAGGUUGCUGUGUUGAGUCCCCACCCCAACCCCACUUUUGUGUGAUUUAUAGGCACAGAAACCCUGCCAGGGGAAAAGUGAACCCAGCCAGGCAAAAAUGUAUAAAAAAGAGAAUUCCUGUAUGCCAAGAAUCAUGUUUGGGGCAAGGACUCUUGGUGUCAGAACCCCAGCAGAGAUUUAAAGUAACAAAUUAUGCAGCAAAGUGAAAUGUGAAAAUAUAUGUGGUUAGACCUUUAAAAUAACACCAUUCCAAAAUUUCCCUCUUCCUCCAGCCUAAGAAAAGGCCAGAUGUUUGGCAAGUUAAAGAUUAGUUUACUUACAAACUCUUCAAAGGUCCAGUUCAUGUGCUUUUCCAACACCAGGCAGGAAAGUUGCACAGGCAGUAAAACAAGUUACAAAGUGGUGAGACUUCCUAGGUUAUUGGUACAGGAGUGGCUGGUGAGAGCCAUGUUGUGGAGCAGCCAGCUCAGCCCUCUUCACAGCCUCAGUGGAGGUAGGCUGGAACACAACAGAAAGCUUGAUUACCUAUUUCCUCCUAAUAUGAGGGGACGUGACUGUGGUGAUCACACAGGGUCCCCAGAUGUUUGACUGUCUAUUGAUCCCUGUGCCCCCUUUCCCGCUGCCACCAAACCGUUACUUUCGGGUACACCCUGAGUCCAGACAGUUGUUAACAUUAAACCAAAUAAACAAGUUUAUUUUAUAAGCAUGAACAAGUUUGUGGUUUCAGAUAAUUUUUCUUGUCAGUUUCUUAACCUUAGUUUCUUUACUGGCCUAUACCUUCCUAAUACCGUCUGACUGAUUAUCCCAACUGUUUAACUGACUCCUCUUAACAGAUUCUCUCACUCUCACAUCAAACUUGCCCAACCCACUGACUUCCUCCCUCUCCCUUCUCUAACUCCAGACUUCAGACUGACUUCUUUAACAACUCUAAUUCCUUCCCUUGGGUUCCUAUUGGUUAUUCAUUUUACAAUUAGUUAACCCUUUCCUUAUGACCCAGUGUGAUGUCACACACCUAGCAGGACAAAUGCCACAGGGACAUAGCUAAGUUUGGCAGGUCAGGCUAUGCUAUGGUAGUUUUUGGUGGGUGUAAAACUGGGUGCCAGACUCCUAAUUCCCAGCUUCAGGAAGUGUUCAAAUCAAGCCAGGCUAUCCUGGUUAGGUGUAAGGAGGGCAGAGGAAGGGGCUCUGGCAGAUGAAUGUGGGGGGGCUCUACUCAAGGAGAAAUAAAGCCAGUUUAGGGGAGAUAGCUAUGUGAACUAGCAGGCUGGAAUGGUGGAGAGAAUGCCAAGCCUGAAUUCAGAGUCCAAGGCUCUGGCUAUGGGAGAAGACCAACCCUUUAGGGGUGUUAUUACUAUGAACCUCUUCAUCAUCGGCUCAGGUUGUAUAUACAGUGGUACCUCAGGUUAAGUACUUAAUUCGUUCUGGAGGUCCGUUCUUAACCUGAAACUGCUCUUAACCUGAAGCACCACUUCAGCUAAUGGGGCAGCUGCACGAUUUCUGUUCUCAUCCUGAAGCAAAGUUGUUUUUUUCCUUUUUUUUGGAAAAGUUUUUAUUAUUAAAAUAAUUCAGCAUUAAUACACACAUAUUGCAAAUAUACAAACAUACAUUUCAUACAAUCCUUAAAAAUGUUCAAACAUACCUACACUCAAUCCCACAGAUAAUUCCUUCUGGAGGUCUGUUCUUAACCUGAAACUGUUCUUAACCUGAGGUACCACUUUAGCUAAUGGGGCCUCCUGCUGCCGCCACGCCGCCAGAGCACGAUUUCUGUUCUCAUCCUGAAGCAAAGUUCUUAACCCGAGGUACUAUUUCUGGGUUAGCGGAGUCUGUAACCUGAGGUACCACUGUAGGUGUCAAUAAACCAUAUAUCCUGGAGACGCCACAGUCUCUGCUGUGCCUCAAUUCCAAAAGGAAACACGAACCCCGCAGCAACGCCUGGAACCCCUGAAAUGUCACCUUUCAGAGUUUGGGGUGGUGGUGAGCAACACUAUUAAACCCUGCAUGCGUUAAUAAGACUAGCAUCUUGGCCACAUGAGGCUGCUUAUCCCACUAAAAAGCCCCCCUUUAUGUUGCUUCCUUUCAACUUGUGUGCACAAAGAACUGGAUUAUCCAAAACAUUGCAACGGAGAGAAGCUGCUAAUCUUGUUUUGUGGUCUUGGCAGUGAUACCUCUUUUUAACGCCAAGGACACACAGCUGUUCCACCUUUCUUCAUCUUUUGACGGUUAGCAAAACCUAGUAGCAAAGGUGCAUUUGCAUGCAACCCUAUUUGAGUCCUCGGCCAAUAAAGCAAGAUGAGCGCCUCAACCCAUAUUCCCCUCUUUUUCCCUUUCUCCUCCUGUGAUGAGGCUGUAUUUUAAUGUUUUAAUGUUGUAUUUUAAUCUUGUUUUUAAGUUGUAUUCAUUCAACUUGUUUUUAUUAUUGCUUGUUAGCUGCCCUGAGCCCAGCCUUGGCUGGGGAGGGCGGGGUAUAAAUAAUUUUUUUAAAAAAAUUAUUAUUAUUAUUAUUCAACCCCAGAGUUGUUCACGACUGGACUUAGCUGUCAGAGGUCCUUUACAUUUAUCUUUUUUAUUGAGUUCUGUGAGGUUUCUUUCAAGGAAACACCAGAUUGCAGCCAUGUUACCUUCCCAAGGAAUCUAGUUUUGGCUCAACCAGACAGGCAGGACCUGGGGGGGGGGGCACCUCAGGUGUCCCACUCCCCAGCCCCUGUUUUGCAUAUGGUAGGUGAGAGUUCACACCAGAAGCUUCCAUGGGCAUAACGAGGAUUUAGGAGGGGCAGGCUUUGUGUUGGGGGGGGGCAGAACUGAGUUAUCUGUGACACAAUUGGCCAGUUAAGUAUUUUAUUUAUUUAUUUAUUUACUUACUUGAUGGGAUGCGGGUGGCGCUGUGGGUUAAACCACAGAGCCUAGGACUUGCCGAUCAGAAGGUUGGCGGUUCAAAUCCCCGCGACAGGGUGAGUUUGUUGGUUUCUAUUUCCUUCACUGAGCAGCAACUGCAGUCACAAGACAGGUGUUUACAUUCCACAGUCUGUACUGUUGGAGUUUCUCACGGGAAAGGGAGACUGGAUGUGACGUACACUGGUUUCCUGUUUUCACUGUGUGAUUCUCUCCGAGCUGUCGAGGAGAGAGGAUGCAUUUUCUGCUCCUGCAGAGGCAAGAUGUCUUUCUGUAAUAUACCAGCUUUGAACUGUAAAUAAAGCAAUAUAGAGUAUGUAGCACAUUUUCCUCAUCCUUCCGCUGGGCAACCAGACUCUGCUUAAAUCAACACGUGGUUAUGGGCUCCAGAGGUCGAAUCGGAGUGCCGGCAAAGGAUCGGAAUGCAGAGGGACGGAUCGGAAAGGAAUCUGCUCUGCGCGUAGAAGUGAUUGAUGAGGUAUGUGCUACUGCUCCGGGCAGCCUGCCAGCUUCAAGUUAAUGGCUUUAUGGCUGGACUUUGAACUUUUAAAGCCGGUUUGCCGGGAAUAGGCAAAAGGCUCCCAGGCACAAGUCACUAUGCUGGGGAAAUCGAAGUAACUUUUAAGUGUGCCUUUGUAAUAAAGCAGCUGCAGCAGUGACGCAGCAAGAUUUAAAGCAGCAUAUGACGCUGAAGGCUAAUGCCAGAGUCAUGAUGGCCCUUCAGGAUGCUUGUGGGAUUCCUAAGCUCAACAAGAAAAAUUACAGCGACUGGGUUCAGUAUGCAGAGGCAAUUCUGCGGAAGAGGGUUUGUUUGAGGUGAUUACAGGAACCCCCCCAGUUCCAGUUACAGAUGCAUGGGAAGCUAAGGAUUCCAAAGCAAGGGAACUCUUACAUUGAUAGUAUCCCCAGAAGAGCUCUGUCUAUUGCGUGAUAAGACCUCAGCCAGAGAAAUUUGGGACGCUCUGAGAGAGGCUCACUUAAGGACAGAAGCUGGAUCCACUAUGUUUUACUUUAACAAGCUGCAUAAUAUGGCUCUUGCUGAAGGUGGAGAUGUGCGUUUACAUCUGAUGCAGAUGCAAAAUCUGAGACAUGAGCUGCAACAGAGAGGACUCAACUUUCCAGAGGCUGUGUAUUCUUUCAUGAUACUACAAUCUUUGGGUUCAGGUUGGGAGUCUGUUGCAGCCCAGAUUGCUGUGCAACCAACUGCUCAGCUGACAGUGGACUUUGUUACUGCCGUGAUUUUAAAUGAAGCAGAUCGCCGGGGUGCUAGCUGCAUGGGCAAGGGAGUCUUCACAGACGUCAUCCCAUAGUGCAGUGGAACCACCAGAUGGCGCCAAAGCUUUGAAGGCAGUGAAAUGCUACUCGUGUGGACGUCUAGGCCAUAUGAAGAGGAAUGCAGACAUCCCAGGGCCAAGACAGAGCAGCGCAGCGAGCUCAUCGCGCGGAAAAGGCCGAGGCAAAGGCAAGGUCCGGUGUCUAGGACAACGCAGCACAAGGCUAUGGUUUCACGCUUCACUCCAAAGGUUGCAGAGGUCCAGAAGACGUCUAGAUCUUUCUUCGUUGUUGAUUCAGCGGCCACCCACCACAUGUGCAACGAUAAGAGACUGUUUGUGUCUUUUACACCGCAGGAAGGUGCGAUUCACCAGGCGGAUGACCACACUAUUCCCAGUAAAGGCUACGGAACUGUUGUUCUUCACAGUUUGGACUUAUCGAUACAGAAUGUGCUUUACGUGCCAGACGCCAAACAUAAUCUGCUCAGCGUUGGACAGCUGAAUGAGCGGAACAUUGACGUUUCCUUCAAGAACAAGAAGUGCAUCAUCACAAAGAAAAAUGAUUAUGUAUUGCAUGCAGAAUAUGUUGAUCAUUUGUUUGUUUUGUAUUAUGAUGAUGUGGUGCAGGAUGACACUUGUUGCAUUGCAGGUUCUAACAAAAGUUUGCAUGCAGAAUGUAUUCACGAUUUUCAUCGAAAAUUUGGUCAUUUGCAUUUUGAGGCAGUAUCUAAAAUGCCUGCCUUGGUUGAAGGUAUGACUAUUAAACCCUGCAGGUACCACAUGAAGUGCAAAGCAUGCGCAGCAAACAAGGUGAAAAUGGCUGCGAAAGGUAAGGUGUCUAGUAGGACAGCUACAGAACCAUACCAGGUUGUUCAUGCUGAUUUGGUUGGACCACUAGCGCCCUCUUUGGGUGGAAAUAGAUACUUCAUGGUUCUCAUUGAUGCAUUUUCUAGAUAUAUUUUUGUGUACAAUCUCAAGCAGAAAUCGGAGGCUUUUCCUAGGUUCAAGGAAUUCUGUGCUUGGUUGGAAAAUGUGCAUGGUAAGAAGAUAAAGACUCUUUUCAGUGAUCGCGGGGAAAUUCACUUCUCAGCAGUUUGAAGCUUUUCUGACUGAGAAAGGAAUUCAACACGAUUUGUCUAGUCCUCGCUCGCCAUGGCAGAAUGGACUUGCGGAGCAGGCAAAUCAGACAUUGCUUCAAGGGUUAAAAACCUUGCUGCAUGAUGCCAAUCUUCCAGAGAAUUAUUGGGCCGAAUCUCUCUCGUGUUUUGUUUACAGUUACAAUCGCAGGUUAUCUUCAGCGAUUGGUUGUACCCCCUAUGAGAAGAUGUUUGGCAAGAAGCCAUACAUCAAACACAUGAAGAUUUUGGUUCUGACAUGUGGGUUCGCUCACCACAAAACUCCAAGUUAGACAAGCGUGGAUUGCAUGGUAUCUUUCUAGGUUAUCAGAAAGGGUCUUACAGAAUAAUGAUGACUGACUCUAAGACAAUUAAGCUCACGAGAAGUGUUGAGUACAAUGCAAAGUGGGGGAGAAUGUGGGAAUUUUCCAAUGUUAUCCUGAUGACGGUGAUGAGACUGAGGAUAGUCAAAAGCAACCACAACAGCCCACACCCACUGAUGAAGGUUCUGAGUCUGAAUCUGAAACUGAAUCGGGUGAUUCAGAGGAUUUCAAGAGUGCGAAAGCCUCUAUGCGACCCUCUGAAAGCUCUGAUCAAGAAUUGGAGGAACCAUUGUUCACAAUAGGUCGUUUUUCUCCUAAGAAGGAAGAGGAGAGUGUUGAAGACUUAAGGCUAAUUCGUAGGUCACAGAGAGCCACAAAAGGCAAACCUCCAAAGAGAUUUGCUGAUGAGUUUGCUAAGAUAGCAGUAACAGCUGUUAAAAGCUCCAAGAAGGUAUUUGAACCUUCAAGUUUCCAAGAAAUCCAGGGUUUGGAUUCAAAGGAAGCUGAGCCAUGGUUAAAUGCCAUGAAGGCUGAGCUUGAUUCCUUAGAAAGGAACAAAACAUGGGAGCUAGUUCCAGUAGUUCCAGGAAUGAAACUGCUUGGAAGCAAAUGGGUCUUCAAAGCGAAGACAGAUCAAAAUGGCAAGAUAGUCAGACACAAAGCCAGAUUGGUAGCCAGAGGUUUUGCACAGGUACCAGGUCAAGACUAUCACGAGACCUAUUCACCCACAGUGAGAUAUGAAAGCAUUAGGCUUAUGCUCAAGCUAGCUGCAGAGGAAAAUCUACACAUUAGUCACCAUGAUAUUAAUACAGCUUUUCUGUACGGAUCUCUAGAUGAAUCACUUUAUAUGCUUCCACCUGAUGGCGUACAGGUAAAACAGGGAUUUGUUUGUGCUCUGAAGAAAUCCCUUUAUGGUCUCAAACAAAGUGCACGGUGUUGGCACACAAAACUCACUGAAGUAUUGUUUUCUCUAGGUUUUCAGCAAGGGAAGCUGAUCCAUGUGUAUUUGUCAAAGAGGAGGGGCAAAAGAAACUGUACUGUUUGUUUUAUGUUGAUGAUUUAUUAUUCUUUUGGAAAGAUGUCGCAAUGUACAAUAACGCCCUAGCUCAACUGAAAGAGCACUUUGACAUGAAAGAUCUUGGUGAGGUAAACAACUACCUAUCUCUGGAAAUAGAGAUCAAGAUGGUAACAUUCUAGUACACCAGUCACGGAAAAUUGCUGAUGUGUUAAGCAAACUAAAUCUGAUGGAUGCUAACCCUGUAGACACACCGAUGACAACAGGUUAUCAGGUAGAUGACACUGAAGAAGCAUUUUCUGACACUACACUGUACAGGAGUGUGCUAGGCAAGCUAAACUUCAUUGCCAGAUGUUCAAGACCAGACAUUGCUGUUAGCUGUAAUUUGCUAAGCAGACAAGUCAACAAUCCUAGUGUCAAGGAUUGGAAAGCUCUGAAACGCAUAGCGCGGUAUUUGAAAGGCACUAUGCAUUACAGACUGAGAUUUAACAAUCAGAAGUCUGGUGGUCUUGAGAUAUUUGCAGAUGCAAGUUUUGGAAGUGACGCUACAGACAGGAAAAGUACGUCUGGAGUUUGCUACAUGUACAAUCAGAGUCUGUUUGAUUGGUCAUGCAAGAAGCAAACAACAGUUAGCUUAAGUACUUGUGAAGCUGAACUGAAUGCACUGUCUUAUUCACUUAAGGAUUGUGAAUGGUUAGUACAAUUGUGCAAAGAUAUGAAAAUUCCUGUCAAAUGUCCAAUCCAGGUUUACCAGGACAACAAAGCAUGUUUGGCUUUGCUGAAGUCUGAAGGUUGUAAGCAAAGCACAAAGCACUUGCAAUUAAAGUUGCAGCAUGCUAGGGAAUGUAUUCAGAAGGGACUCGUAACGGUGUCCUAUAUGCCAGGUAAUGAAAUUCCUGCUGAUGUAUUGUCCAAGAUUGUAUCAAGGGAUCAACACUGUACCUAUGUGCAGAAGUUGGGUUUGUACUGAUAUUGUACGAACACGCUGCCCAGUGAUGUUCACAGAAAGGGGGAGGAUGUUGGUUUCUAUUUCCUUCACUGAGCAGCAACUGCAGUCACAAGACAGGUGUUUACAUUCCACAGUCUGUACUGUUGGAGUUUCUCACGGGAAAGGGAGACUGGAUGUGACGUACACUGGUUUCCUGUUUUCACUGUGUGAUUCUCUCCGAGCUGUCGAGGAGAGAGGAUGCAUUUUUCUGCUCUCACGCAGAGGCAAGAUGUCUUUCUGUAAUAUACCAGCUUUGAACUGUAAAUAAAGCAAUAAAGGAGUAAGCAGCACAUUUUCCUCAUCCUUCCGCUGGCAACCAGACUCUGCUUUAAAUCAACAGAGUUCCCGUUGCUCGGUCCCUGCUCCUGCCAACCUAGCAGUUCGAAAGCACAUCAAAGUGCAAGUAGAUAAAUAGGUACCACUCCGGCGGGAAGGUAAACAGCAUUUCCGUGCGCUGCUCUGGUUCGCCAGAAGCAGCUUAGUCAUGCUGGCCACAUGACCUGGAAGCUGUAUGCCGGCUCCCUCAGCCAAUAAAGCGAGAUGAGCGCCAGAACCCCAGAGUCGGCCACGACUGGACCUAAUGGUCAGGGGUCCCUUUACCUUUACUUACUUGAUGGGGGGCAGCUGUCUCCCCCCCCCCAGGCUAUGCCCAUGGCAGUUCUCCUGCUUCACCCUCAGACCCUAGAGAGUGAAAUAUUUUGAUUUCUUUUUGAACAACACAUAAAACACUACGGUCAUACCUCAUGUUACGUCCGCUUCAUGUUACGUUCUUUUAGGUUACAUUCUGCGGGGACCUGGAAGUACUGGAAAGGGUUACUUCCGGGUUUCGCCGCAUGCGCAAAAUGAUGUCACGCGCGUGCGCAGAAGUAGCGAAUCGCAACCCACACGUGCGCAGACGUGCUGCUGCGGGUUGUGUUUUUUUCAUGUUGCAAACGGGCCUCCAGAAUGGAUCCCAUUCGCAACCAGAGGUACCACUGUGUAUGCAUAUACCACUGUAUAUGCAUAUAUGGUGUACAUUUUUAAAGCGAUAAUCUUAAUUGCAUUAUCCUUUUUUUGUAAACCGCUUUUGGAGGUUUUUCCCUAUGACUGAGCCAUAUAUAAAAUUUUAUGAAAUAAAAAAAUUAUAAAUACAGGAAGAUUUCCUUCUCCCCCCCCCACAAUAAAAGCUCAUAAAGAUCCCAUACAAAAAUAAAUUUUUAAAAUCUUAUUUCAUAUCCUGGUGGGCUCUCCUUCCUUGGAGGUUUUUAAGCAGAGGUGGGAUGGCCAUCUGUGACGGAUGCUUUAGCUGAGGUUCCUGCAUUGCAGGGGGUUGGACUAGAUGACCCCUGGGGUUCCCUCCCAACUCUAAAAUUCUAACAAUUCCUUACACGGAGGUUUUAGAGAGGGGACUCGUGCAGCCACUUUGCACAGGGAGGGUCCCAGGUUCAAAUCCCCGUGGGAGGCAGCUAGCUCUUAUUCCCAAUUCUUCCCACCCCAGACAGCAUCGCAGGAGGGGCUGGAAAGAAACGAGAUUUCGGGGCGGGGUGCGUUUAUGUGUUGUAAUUGCCCUUGGUCCGCCCCGCCCCUCUCCCCGAUUGGACGGAGGAGCGCAGCCUGAGCCGUCCUGACCAAUCCCAGGCGAGGCGCUUUCGAAUUUUCAGAGGGACUAGCGCCUUUUAUCUUCCUGUUUUGGUUUGUCUUCCAUUCGCAGCCUGGGAAAGCGGCGCUGGCUCAGCAAGCGGAAAAGCUAAGGUGAUGGUUUUGUGCAGCAGGGCUGUGAGAAGCGAGAGAGCCUUUUGGGGGCGGGCGGGGGGUUGCAGGGUUUGGGUGGUCCGUUGUCCUGAGCAAACAAAACAAGCCACCGUGCAAGAAAUUCAAUCCUCCUCCUCUUUCGUAGAAAUAUUAGAAAGUAUGUAUUGUAUUUGGUUGCAUUUUCUAUCCCGUUUUCCAUCCAAGGAGCGCAAGGUGGCGCACGUGGUUCUCUUCCCGUUCAAAAUUAUGUGUAAUUUAUUAGUUUAUUUCUGAAUUCUUUUUUUUUAAAACACUGUAUUUUAAAUGGCUGUGACCUGUCCCGGGGCCUGGACAGGCAGUAAAUCAAAUACAGUCAGUAAAUAAAUAAAUAAAUCUAUAUCUGGGUUGCUGUUCUUUUAAUUUUAAUUUACCUUAAUUGCCUUCUGGAUUUCAGCUGCUUCUCAUCUACCGUUUUUACUAGAGACUGCUUUGAUUAAGCGGUUUGUAAAUGCUAUUAGAAUGAAAAGUGACACACGUGGGUUUAGCAAAGGGGUGCGUAAGAGAAAGCGAGAGUGAGGGCUAAGUGCCAAUUUUUUAAAUGACCCUCCCCCUCCCUUGAUUUUGCAACAGGGUGUGGUUAGCAGCCAAGAAAGCUUCAACUUUCAGGUUGGAGGCAAAACGAGGUAAGACAGGGCAUUGGUGUUCCAAUGUGUUAGCCCCCCUCCGAUUCAAUAUUAAAUGCUGAACAUUAAACAUUUCAGCUAUCAGCUCCCCUUUCCCAUCUAUGGUCCAUUUGUCCCACAGCCCCAUGUAAAGAUUUAUUCUACAGUGGUACCUCGGGUUAAGAACUUAAUUCGUUCCGGAGGUCCGUUCUUAACCUGAAACUGUUCUUAACCUGAAGCACCACUUUAGCUAAUGGGGCAUCCUGCUGCCGCCGCGCAAUUUCUGUUCUCAUCCUGAGGUAAAGUUCUUAACCUGAGGUACUAUUUCUGGGUUAGCAGAGUCUGUAACCUGAAGCGUCUGUAACCCGAGGUACCACUGUACUUGAACUGUGCCCAGUAGUGUGUGAAAUGGUAUUCAGACAUCUUGCGAAGGCGUAUCUUCUUCCUCAGGAGUUGCCUGCUCCUUUAUUUUAUUAUUGUGUUUAUAUCACAUUUUCUCCGAAGAGCUCAAGGUAGCACCCACCCUCCUUUUUUCAGGGUUUUUUAAGCAACCCUGUUAAGCUGAGAGUUGGAGACUGACCCAAGGUCACCCAGCCAGCUUCUGGUUGUUGGGGAUUUUAACAUUGGUCUCCGGAAUUUCUGUUUUUAUAAUGCUGUUUGUUUGCAUUUUGUGUGUGUGUGAGAGAGAUAGGUAGUCUUUUAGUCUUUAUUUGUUAUUUUGGUAUAUCCCCUGGAAUUUUAAAGUGGUUUAGGCAUGGAUUUCGAAUGAGAUAAAAUCUCAAAAGAAUAUAGUUCUUGAGCAAGUACAGAGUAAUAAUGACUCUGAGGCUCCCCUUCCAAAAUUGCAAGUGCUGUUCUUCCUCCUCAUAGGAAGAAAAGCACAUUAAAAAGAAAAGGUGGAAACAGGAUCCCUCUUUUGCCUUCAGCUUUGUCUAGCACAACAAAAGGAUGUGGGAGAGGAAACAUUUUUUUAAGAAACAGUUUGAUUGGUAGAAUUAAGUAGCAAUGGAAAAUUUAGUUUUUUCUCAGUGUACAACAGCCAAGCGCUACAGAUUCCUCUUUCCAGUCCAUCUUAGGGAGCAAGAGUUGUGUCUGUACUUCCAUAGGUGGUGGUUUGGGUGAUGGUAAAGGAAGGGAUGGAUUAUCCCAUAUAAAAUAAUCAGAGCAGCAGAGGAGUGAAUGUAAAAGAACUGGAAAAAUACAUUAAAAAGAGGUAUGUGAAAGCAGUCAUAUGGACCCAGGGGAUCUCAGUGGGUCUCCCUGCCCCCAUCUCCCACAGUUCUAGGCAGGGAAAGGCAGUGCGGUGUAGUGGUUAAGGCUAGGACCUGGGAGAACAGGCUUCAAAUCCCUGCUCAGCCAUUUUGUUCACAGGGUGACUGUGAGCCGGGCAUGGUCUCUGGUGCCCUUCCUCACAUGGUUGUUGUGAGGAAAGACCACACACGCUGCCUUCAGCUCCAUGGGGGAAAGGUGCGAUCCGGCACCUCUCAGGUGGGCGCCAUUGCCAUCCUAAGAGAACAAGGAGGCGUUCAUGGUGAGUUCCGGCACCUCUUUUUUCCCUAGAAAAACAGCACCGGAUAAAGAUGUACAGUGGUACCUCGGGUUACAUAUGCUUCAGGUUAAAUACACUUCAGGUUACAGACUCCGCUAACCCAGAAAUAGUGCUUCAGGAUGAGAACAGAAAUCGUGCUCUGGCGGCGCGAUGGCAGCGGGAGGCCCCAUUAGCUAAAGUGGUGCUUCAGGUUAAGAACAGUUUCAGGUUGAGUACGGACCUCCGAAACGAAUUAAGUACUUAACCUGAGGUACCACUGUACAGUGGAACCUCGUGUUACGGAGAAGAUCCGUUCUGGAGACCCGUCCGCAACACGGAACUGACACAUGCCGAAGCGCUGCGUCUGGGCACGCACGCAGCACAAUUUAGUGCUUCUGCGCAUGCGUGAGCAGCGAAACCCAGAAGUAACCCGUUCCGGUACUUCAGGUUGCCGCGGGACGCAACACAAAAACACGUAACCUGAAGCAGUCACAACAUGAGGUAUGACUGUACAGUGGUACCUCAGGUAAAGAACUUAAUUCGUUCUGGAGGUCUGUUCUUAACCUGAAACUUUUCUUAACCUGAGGUACCACUUUAGCUAAUGGGGCCUCCUGCUGCCGCCGCGCCACCAGAGCAUGAUUUCUGUUCUCAUCCUGAAGCAAAGUUCUUAACCCGAGGUACUAUUUCUGGGUUUGCAGAGUCUGUAACCUGAAGCGUCUGUAACCUAAGGUACCACUGUAGUGAUAAAUAAACAAAGCACAGCCUCAUUGGGUUGGACAAAUUCAUGGCAGACCGAACUAUCAAUGAUGACCAUAUCAGGAAAUGCUCUGCUGAAUAACAGAGGGAGAGGGAUGUUGUCGUCACGUCCUGCUCACAGGCUUUUGGUUGGCCACUGUGAGAAAAUAUUGCAGGCCUUCAAUGGGCCUUUGGCCUGAUCCACAGAGCUCUUGCUAACCAAGCCUGUCCUUUUGCUUCAGAGGGAGGCAGCCAUGGCAAGCAGGAGUCCCACCAGCGCGUCAUUCUACGAUGAAGUAACCUGUCCCAUCUGCCUGGACUACUUCGAAGACCCAGUGACUGUAGACUGCGGGCACAACUUCUGCCAAACCUGCAUCACCCAAUAUUUGGGGGAGUCCGACACAGACCCUUCCUGCCCGAUGUGCAGAGAACGGGUUGAGGCAAAUAACUUCAACCCAAACUGGCAACUGGCAAGCCUUGUGCUUAUCAAGAAAAUUCAGGAAGAAGGACAAGUCGAGGGAAAGGAUGGGAUAUGCAAGACGCACGGGGAAGCCCUGAAACUCUUCUGCAUGGAUGACGAAGUCCCCAUCUGUGAGGUGUGCGACGGGUCGGACUUGCACAGAGGCCACAGUGUGUUUCCCGCUGAAGAGGCUUCUCACCAGUAUAAGGUAGGAAAUUGCCAUAGCAGGUGGGUGAGGAGCAGCGUUCAAAAUUAGCCAGGCGCCAGGCGCAUUUUGCACCUGGCUGCCGGCCACUUGCUGGGACGCGGGUGGUGCUGUGGGUUAAAACCACAGAGCCAAGGACUUGCCGAUCAGAAGGUCAGCGGUUUGAAUCCCUGUGACGGGGUGAGCUCCCAUUGCUCGGUCCCUGCUCCUGCCAACCUAGCAGUUUGAAAGCACGUCAAAGUGCAAGUAGAUAAAUAGGUACCGCUCCAGCGGGAAGGCAAACGGCGUUUCUGUGCACUGCUCCGGUUCGCCAGAAGCGGCUUAGUCAUGCUGGCCACAUGACCCGGAAGCUGUCUGCGGACAAACACCGGCUCCCUCGCCGUAUAGAGCGAGAUGAGCGCCGCACGCCCAGAGUCGUCCGCGACUGGACCUAGUGGUCAGGGGUCCCUUUACCUUUACCUUACCGGCCACUUGCGACCCAUUGAAGAUGCCUGGGUGUCAGGAUGGCGCCUGACAUCUCCACCAUCUAGGGAUCUUUGGAUCUGGACUGUUUUCUUUUUCUUUUUUUCAAUUUUUAAAAUUACCGUAUUUUUCGUUCUAUAGGACGCACAUUUCCCCCUCCAAAAACUAAGGGGAAAUGUGUAGGUCCUAUAGAGCGAAUGCAGGCUGCGCCGCUAAGCCCAAAGCCAGAACAGGAAGACGGAGCACUGCGGAGCGCUCCGUCUCGCUGUUCUGGCUUGGGAACAGCCUGCUAGCUUCUGCAGGACAGCGGGGUGAAGGCACCCCGCUGCCCUGCAGAGGUUUGCGCGCAGCCCUCCCCAAGCUAGAGCAGCGAGACGGAGCCCUCCAUCUUGCUGUUCUGGCUUGGGAACAGCCUUGCUAGCUUCUGCAGGGCAGCGGGGUGAAGGCACCCCGCUGCCCUGCAGAGGUUUGCGCAGCCGUCCCCAAGCUAGAGCAGCGAGACGGAGCCCUCCAUCUCGCUGUUCUGGCUUGGGAACAGCCUUGCUAGCUUCUGCAGGACAGCGGGGUGAAGGCACCCCGCUGCCCUGCAGAGGUUUGCGCGCAGCCCUCCCCAAGCUAGAGCAGCGAGACGGAGCCCUCCGUCUCGCUGUUCUGGCUUGGGAACAGCCUUGCUAGCUUCUGCAGGACAGCGGGGUGAAGGCACCCCGCUGCCCUGCAGAGGUUUGCGCGCAGCCGUCCCCAAGCUAGAGCAGCGAGACGGAGCCCUCCAUCUCGCUGUUCUGGCUUGGGAACAGCCUGCUAGCUUCUGCAGGACAGCAGGGUGAAGGCACCCCGCUGCCCUGCACAGGUUUGCGCGCAGCCGUCCCCAAGCUAGAGCAGCGAGACGGAGCCCCCCGUCUCUCUGUUCUGGCUUGGGAACAGCCUUGCUAGCUUCUGCAGGACAGCGGGGCGAAGGCACCCCGCUGCCCUGCAGAGGUUUGUGCGCAGCCGUCCCCAAGCUAGAGCAGCGAGACGGAGCCCUCCGCCUCACUGUUCUGGCUUGGGACCAGCCUUGCUAGCUUCUGCAGGACAGCGGGGUGAAGGCACCCCGCUGCCCUGCAGAGGUUUGCGCGCAGCCGUCUGCUCUAGCUUGGGGACUCCGUCUCGCUGCUCUAGCUUGGGGACGGCUGCGCGCAAACCUCUGCAGGGCAGCGGGUGCCUUCACGCUGCUGUCCUGCAGAAGCUAGCAGGCUGUUCCCAAGCCAGAACAGCGAGACGGAGGGCUCCGUCUCGCUGCUCUAGCUGGGGACGGCUGCGCGCAAACCUGUGCAGGGCAGCGGGCGCUGCGCUCCAAAGGCUUCAGGGAUCUUUGAGGCUGGCGGUGGGGAAAGCAGCUUCCCCACCGCCAGCCCUACAAGCUCUGGUGAAUGUACCUUGAACGCACCUUGUUUUGGAGGGGGGAACAAGAAAAAAAAUCUUUUUCCCUGUUCUCCCCCUCCUAUGAUCCGGUGCGUCCUAUGGUCCGGUGCGUCCAAUGGAGCGAAAAAUACGGUAAUUUUCACAUUAAUCACAUAGAAAAGAAACAAGAAAAAAAGAAACAUUACAAUACACAAAAAUAAAGAAAAACACAUAAAAAAGAAUUUUAACUUCCAAAUCCUAAUUUCUUUACAUUGAUAACUGAUUUUCUCGGAUCCCCUCUAACUGAAUUUCAUUAUAUCGCCUGAUUAGCAAUUCUCCAAAUUCAUAUUUCUAAUAAUAUUAACUUCUUUCAUUUACUAACUUCUUUUCCAUUAUUAAUACUCCAUUCCUUAAUAUUCAUUAACAAGGUAAUCUUAUUCUAACCCUAGGCCUUUUUUUUACUUCCAAGAGGUUUCUCUUUAUCUUAUAUUACAGUAUUUAGCCAAAUAUUCUUUAAAAUUCUUCCAGUCCUUUUGUGUCUCUUCUUCUUUCUGGUCGCGGAUUCUUCCAGGCAGGUCGGCCAGCUCCAAAAAAUCCAUCAUCUUCAUCUGCUAUUCUUCUAUUGUUGGUAUCUCUUGUGAUUUCCAGUUUUUGGCUAAUAAAAUUCUUGCCACUGUAAAGGUAAAGGGACCCCUGACCAUUAGGUCCAGUCGUGGCUGACUCUGGGGUUGCGGCGCUCAUCUCGCUCUAUACGGCGAGGUAGCCGGCGUACAGCUUCCGGGUCAUGUGGCUAGCAUGACAAAGCCGCUUGUGGCAAACCAGAGCAGAGCACGGAAACGCCCUUUACCUUUCCGCCGGAGCGGUACCUAUUGAUCUACUUGCACUUUGACGUGCUUUCAAACUGCUAGGUUGGCAGGAGCAGGGACCGAGCAACGGGAGCUCACCCCGUCGCGGGGAUUCGAACCGCCAACCUUCUGAUCGGCAAGCCCUAGGCUCUGUGGUUUAACCGACAGCACCACCCGCCUCCCCUUUGUGCUGUAGUGGCAUACAAAAACAAUCUAACAUCUUUUUGGGGCAAUUCCAAUCCUAUUAUUCCAAGUAGAAAGGCUACUGGAUCUGGACUGUUUUCACACACUAAUACCCCCAUCCUGUAGAAUUCUAUCCAUUAUAUUUUAUCUGCGCAGUCGGAAUGAAUAUAUUGGAACCCAAAUGCAUCUUCUGUGCAGCCUGAGCGAGAGCAGUCACCAUUAAGGAACAGAGGCAGAAAUAGGCUGAUAUAUAUGUGGACUGUCCCUGGAUCAAGUGACUUUUAAAAGGGACGCUGAUGGCACUGUGGCCUAAACUACUGAGCCCCUUGGGCUUGCCGAUUGGAAGGUCGGUGGUUCGAAUUUCUGCAUCGGGUUGAGCUCCCAUUGCUCUGUCCCAGCUCCUGCCAGCUUAGCAGUUUGAAAGCACACCAGUGCAAGUAGAUAAUUAGGUACCGAAUGGCGGGAAGGCAAAUGGCGUUUCCGUGCGCUCUGGUUUCCGUCACAGUGUUCCGUUGCACCAGAAGUGGUUCAGUCCUGCUGGCCACAUGACCUGGAAAGCUGUCUGUAGACAAACGCCGGCUCCCUUGGCCUGAAAGCGAGAUGAGCUUUCUCUGGCAAGUCUUGCCCAAAAAGGUCUUGCAAAACUAGGAUCCGACACUGAUUGAGCGCCGGAAAGCCCUAUGCAAAUGUCCAGUACUAUUAUGGUUAUCUCCAUUUAGGUAUAGUAUUUAAUAAUAAUAAGUUUUACUUUUGUUUCAAACCUUCUGGUUUUCCUGUUUUCAGUUGCUGUUUGCUGUUCUGUUUCGCAAUGCCUAGAGACUUUGGUAUAGAAGGCAAUUAAUAGCAAUAACGAAGCAUGUGACCCCAAAGUUUCAACUUCUUAUUGACGUUCUUCCCAUCUCUUCCCAAAAUAUCACCACUUUGAGCAGGCUAGUCAGAGAUGGGGACAAGAAUAAGAAGAAAAAAGCAGUGAUACUUGAUUGUCCUGGAAUAAAGGGGAGGCAGGCAGGGCAGGGAAGAAUCUGUUGCCUUGAAUCGGGGUUUAUUUUCUAAGGAAAUGGCUGCUUAAUAUCAGGUGGGUUGAACUCCUGACCAAGCUAAAUGACUUUUCUGUUCUCUUCAGGAGAGAAUUGGUGUCUAUGUGAAGUGUUUGAAGCAAGAGAGGAAAAGGCUUGUGGACCGGAAAUUAGCUAAAGAUGAGAAAAAGCAGAAAUGUCUGGUAGGUUCAUGUCAUUACGGUGGGGAAUCUGUGGGCCAGUAUUGACAGAUGGGCAGGGGCCACCCACCUAUCAAUCAAAUGACAUCAUGGCCAAGUGACUGAUAAAGUCACCUGUCAAAGUCAACUUGCAGGGCUGAGAUGGGGACGGGUUUGCCUCUCCACCACAUUUCAUGCAGACAAUCUCUUGUCAGAGAGAUUGUGGGUGCGAUAUCGAGUCAAGGUGCCCCCUUUUCUAUACCCGCAAGUUCUGAACAACCAGCUAUGUCGGUUUUUGUAAUUCAGACCUCCCUGGCUUGGUAAUUCAGAGGGCUCCCUGGCCCUCAAGAUUGUUUAAAAAAUACAGUGGUACCUCAGGUUAAGUACUCAAUUCGUUCCGGAGGUCUGUUCUUAACCUGAAACUGUUCUUAACCUGAAGCACCACUUUAGAUAAUGGGGCCUCCCGCUGCUGCCGUGCCACCAGAGCAUGAUUUCUGUUCUCAUCCUGAAGCAAAGUUCUUAACCCGAGGUACUAUUUCUGGAUUAGCGGAGUCUGUAACCUGAAGCAUAUGUAACCUGAAGCGUAUGUAACCCGAGGUAUCACUGUAACUAAAUUAUUAAGACUUUUCAUAAUGUGUUACACUAAAAAACAUAAUCUAAACAAAACUAAAACAGAAAAAGAAGAAUACAAAAUCCUCUCUCCAUCGGCAUAGCUAAGGGGGAGCGGGGGCCAGUUGCCCCCCCCACAGUAAAAAUAAAAACAAAUCUGAAGUUCUGUCCUCCUAGCAAAAGCCUGCCCAAAAAAUCUUGGCUGCUUCCAUGCCUCUCUCACAGGUAGAUCUUAUCCCACUACGAAAGAGGUAAACUCUCCCAGCUGUCCCUUGGGAGCUUCUCUUCCCAUCAGUCCCAACAAGGACAAGCAAUGACCAGGAUGGUGGGAUUUGUUGUUCAGCAAUAUCUGAAGGGCCCAGGGUUCCCCAACCUGACCCAACUCUUCCAGUGCUAGAUUUACGUAUACGCUAAACAAGCUGUAGCUUAGGGCCCCACCCUCUUGGGGGCCCCCCAAAAAAAUAAAGGGGAAAAAACUGGAUGUACAUUUCCAAAAUUAUAUUUCAGUUCAACAAUUACUUUGAUAAAAUACAUAUUUAGAUACCUAUGGAGAGCCAGUGUGGUGCAGUGGUUAAGAGCGGUGGACUCGUAAUCUGGGGAACCGGGUUCGCUUCCCCGCUCCUCCACAUGCAGCUGCUGGGUGACCUUUGGCCAGUCACACUUCUCUGAAGUCUCUCAGCCCCACUCACCUCACAGAGUGUUCGUUGUGGGAGAGGAAGAGAAAGGAGAGUGUGAGCCGCUUUGAGACUCCUUAAAGGGAGUGAAAGGCGGGGUAUCAAAUCCAAACUCUUCUUCUUCUUCUACGAGGUACAUAAAUUACCAUAUAGCAUAUAUUCAACACAAAACACAGCGACAAUUUGUUGUUGACAAAGGACAGCUGGACAUAUAAAGGGCCCCAUUACCUUCAGUAGCUUGUUGUUGUUUAGUCGUUUAGUCGUGUCCGACUCUUCGUGACCCCAUGGACCAGAGCACGCCAGGCACUCCUGUCUUCCACUGCCUCCCGCAGUUUGGUCAAACUCAUGCUGGUAGCUUCGAGAAGACUGUCCAACCAUCUCGUCCUCUGUCGUCCCCUUCUCCUUGUGCCCUCCAUCUUUCCCAACAUCAGGGUCUUUUCCAGGGAGUCUUCCCUUCUCAUGAGGUGGCCCAAAGUAUUGGAGCCUCAGCUUCACGAUCUGUCCUUCCAGUGAGCACUCAGGGCUGAUUUCCUUCAGAAUGGAUAGGUUUGAUCUUCUUGCAGUCCAUGGGACUCUCAAGAGUCUCCUCCAGCACCAUAAUUCAAAAGCAUCAAUUCUUCGGCGAUCGGCCUUCUUUAUGGUCCAGCUCUCACUUCCAUACAUUACUACUGGGAAAACCAUAGCUUUAACUAUACGGACCUUUGUUGGCAAGGUGAUGUCUCUGCUUUUUUAUAUAUAUCAUAUAUUCAACACGAAAAACAGUGACAAUUUGUUGCUAACAAAAGACAGCUGGGCAUAUAAAGGGCCCCAUUACCUUCAGUAGCUUAGGGCCUCCUCAAACCUAAAUCUGGCCCUGUUCUUCUCCCUUAUUUUUCCUUAAUGUAUUCUCUCCCACUCCCAGAAACAGUUAGAAACGGAGAAGCAGAAGAUCAUGUCCGCCUUUGAGAAAAUGCACAAGUACCUCGUUCAGAAACAGCACCUCUGGCUAGAGCAGUUGGAAGACCUGACCAAAGAGCUGGAGAGGAAGCAGGAAGAGAACCUCACCAGAGUCUCUGAGGAGAUUUCCCGGAUCAAUGGGCUGAUUGCGGAGAUGGGAGGGAAGUGCCGGCAGCCCCCGAGCGAAUUCUUGCAGGUGAGACUUAGAAUCACAUACACACAAACACACACAAAAUGCAUGUUUCAGGACCCUUGGAAUGAAGGAGGCACGAUCCUAGGAAUGGCCAUUUGCUUUCCACAGACAAAGAAAUCACCACUAGGACAAGAGGAAGCCCUGUGUGUGUUUUGUCUGUGUAAAGGUAAAGGGACCCCUGACCAUUAGGUCCAGUCGUGGCCGACUCUGGGGUUGUGGCGCUCAUCUCGCUUUACUGGCCGAGGGAGCCGGCGUACAGCUUCCGGGUCAUGUGGCCAGCAUGACUAAGCCGCUUCUGGCGAACCAGAGCAGCGCACGGAAACGCCCUUUACCUUCCCGCCGGAGCGGUACCUAUUUAUCUACUUGCACUUUGACGUGCUUUUGAACUGCUAGGUUGGCAGGAGCAGGGACCGAGCAAUGGGAGCUCACUCCGUCGUGGGGAUUCGAACCGCUGACCUUCUGAUCAGCAAGUCCUAGGCUCUGUGCUUUAACCCACAGCGCCACCCGCGUCCCUUUUGUCUGUGUAGCUGAGAUCUAUUUCUCUCUUUCUUUCAGGACGUUAGCAAUGUUAUCAGUAGGUAUGUAGCUCCCCUUUUCGUGUCCUUUGCUCUUUGCAUGGACGAGUUUCGAUCACACUGGGGGGGUUCCUGCAAACAAAUGACGCGGUUUUCCUUCACUGUGUGUGGUUCACACUGUUGUCUGUCUGUCUCUUUUAAUUUUGAGUUGGUGCUGCCCUGCUAUUUUUGCCGGGGGGGGGGUGUCCCACCCACCCACACAUUUGUUUUCAUUUUAAAAAACAAGCAUAAAUGGAUCUCUGCAAAAUAUGGUUCUAACAUUCCUUAGAUACACUCAACUGCUGCAAGCAGUUUUCUUCGUAGGGGUAAUAUGGAAGAUUGUUACUUUCUUAUUUCCUCUGCAAUGUGAGAGCUGUCUACCUGCUUUUGGGGUUUCAUGGAGGAUAAGUUUAUCAACGACAAAAGGAUGCCGGGCCAGAUACAAUCUGGGCCUGAUCCAGCAGGUCUCUUCUUACUAUAGGAGAGAAGCUCUUUUUUAAUUACUAUUUUACAUUGUUUUAUGUGACCCACUUGGAGGUGUUUUUUUUCUUUUAUGAUUAAGUGGUCUAUAAUUUUUAUUUUUACAGUGGUACCUCGGGUUAAGUACUUAAUUCGUUCCGGAGGUCCGUUCUUAACCUGAAACUGUUCUUAACCUGAAGCACCACUUUAGCUAAUGGGGCCUCCUGCUGCCGCCACGCUGCCGGAGCACAAUUUCUGUUCUCAUCCUGAAGCAAAGUUCUUAACCUGAAGCACUAUUUCUGGGUUAGCGGAGUCUGUAACCUGAAGCGUAUGUAACCUGAGGGACCAUUGUACUAAAAAUAAAUUUUAAAACAUACACGAGGUCUCAGGCUUUAAAAUGCCAGGCCCAGGCACUUGUUCAAGAGUGGUUCUUGAGUUAAAAGCCCGUAUUGUCCUUUAAUGAUACAAGUUCACAGGGGAAUGGCAUUAUUAUACUAUUUUGUAUUUCCUUCCAGGUGUGA